GAGCUGUCCAUGACAGAAGUGGGCAGAAAAGCCCUCUGUGCGGGACGUAUACAUGACUCGACGCCAAAAGCGUGAUGGCGCAGGCCCCACUUCCCCUUCGCGCAUGCGCACAGGCGCUGACCGAGACGUACCGGGCAUGAAAUGGAGCUAGUGACAGCGCGCAGGGCAUUCUGGUGAGUGAUGUUCGGAUUGUUGUGUGUACACGGUGCGGCCACUAUCAUUGUGUGAGCUGCUCGGUGAGUACAGGGUGAGCCAUAGCUCCACCCAGACCCCCCAGCCUGGCUACCGGCAGAGCAGGGGGGCUAUGGGGACCAGUGGGGGUGUGCAUGGACCAACUGUUUACAUACAGCUCCUUUCACAUGACUAUUAUUAUUAUUAUCUAUUACUACAUAUAGGGCGCCAACAGAUUCUGUAGCGCUGUACAAUUGCAGGUAGUCUUAUAGCCUUUAUAUUGUGCAAUGCUGCUGUGAAUUCUAUUAUUAAUAUCAGAGUAAGUGAAAUAAUUUGCAUUUACCAGCUAUUUGCACAUUGUCAUUAUUAAAAAAUAAAAUAAAAAACAUUCUGAAGGUUAUAUUGACUAAGAAAGAGAUUUUACAGUCUGUAGGUUAGUGUUGAAAUCUGAUAUAUUUUCUAUUAUUUUCUGUUGCCUUAGUUGUGUUUGUGCCAUUCACUGGCUUGACCUGUUUCUCUGAUCAGGUACCAGUCUGGGUUUUGGUUCUGUUUUGUUUGACAGUUGUUGUUGGGUGACAAUGGAAGGGUCUGCAUUCAGUGGUUGUUUAUAUAAUGGCUUUUCGUUUGUGUCUUUCCUUUUUGCUGCAUGUUUUAUUUGCAUUUUUUUUUUUUUUCACAUGUAGCUGAAAUUGUUGCCAUGUUUGACAGGGAUCGGGUUGCAUUAAAUUGAGUGGUGUGACAUUUUUGCCUUGGUGUUUCAAUAUUCACUAAUUUUGUUUUAUCAUUGUUUUAAAAAAAUAAAUAAAUAAAUAUAACAAGGUUAUUUUACAAAAGGCACAUUAUCAGGCAUUCUUUGGAGACUGCACAUUUCAAGCUAAUGAUAAUAAAGCUAGCCAACUAUAAAACACCUCACAGUGCAAAUCUAAAAAUGUAUCAGUGCUCAUUUGCACGUCAAGCUGGUAACUAUGGGAUAGUUGUGGAAACAUGACUUCUUGAGUUUCUGUAAUAAAAGAGGGUUCGUGGAGCUCAAAGUAGAAGAAUGGUAGAAAAAGUGCAUGAGGGAAAAUAGGAAAAUACCUCUAACCUAUUUACACAAAAAUAGACUGUCACUCUACUGCUACAAUGUCCAUCUGGGAGAAUAAACUGCAGAUUCCUCUUUGUGGCAUCCCGACAAUUGUUCGCUUGCUCUGUAUGUGAAUUCUUCACAAACUCCUUUAGAUACAAAUAAGAAGUGCAGAAGAGGAAUACUACAAAAAGCAACUUGAUUUAAACGUGUUUGCCUAAACAAUAGUGGCUUUAUGAAUUAUACAAACUAUUUAGUUUGUAUCAUUGAUAAAGUCACUAUUUUAUUUUUAAAUAUAUGUUCCAGGAGGGAUAAGCCAAAUGACAAAUGAUUUAGGUAAACUAGAAAAAUGGUCAGAAUUGUGGCAACUGACAUUUGAUGUGGAUAAGUGCAAGAUAAUGCAUCUUGGACGUAAAAACCCAAGGGCAGAGUACAGAAUAUUUGAUAGAGUCCUAACCUCAACAUCUGAGGAAAGGGAUUUAGGGGUGAUUAUUUCUGAUGACUUAAAGGUAGGCAGACAAUGUAAUAGAGCAGCAGGAAAUGCUAGCAGAAUGCUUGGUUGUAUAGGGAGAGGUAUUAGCAGUAGAAAGAGGGAAGUGCUCAUGCCAUUGUACAGAACACUGGUGAGACCUCACUUGGAGUAUUGUACACAGUACUGGAGACCGUAUCUUCAGAAGGAUAUUGAUACCUUAGAGAGGGUUCAGAGAAGGGCUACUAAACUGGUUCAUGGAUUGCGGGAUAAAACUUACCAGGAAAGGUUAAAGGAUCUUAACAUGUAUAGCUUGGAGGAAAGACGAGACAGGGGGGAUAUGAUAGAAACAUUUAAAUAUAUAAAGGGAAUCAACACAGUAAAGGAGGAGACUAUAUUUAAAAGAAGAAAAACUACCACAACAAGAGGACAUAGUCUUAAAUUAGAGGGACAAAGGUUUAAAAAUAAUAUCAGGAAGUAUUACUUUACUGAGAGGGUAGUGGAUGCAUGGAAUAGCCUUCCAGCUGAAGUGGUAGAGGUUAACACAGUAAAGGAGUUUAAGCAUGCGUGGGAUAGGCAUAAGGCUAUAAGAUAACUAUAAGAUAAGACUAGGGACUAAUGAAAGUAUUUAGAAAAUUGGGCAGACUAGAUGGGCCGAAUGUUUCUUAUCUGCCGUCACAUUCUAUGUUUCUAUAUGCUAUAUUUUAAAGAAAUUGUUAGACCAUAGAUGCAUGAACACCAAGACCAUAUUAUAGAGAACACCACAUGCAUAUGUUGUGAAUACAUUGCUUACAAUCAGAUAACGUGUAUAUACUUCAUGUUGUAGGGGACACAAACUGAUGCAAGUAUAUAGCUGGAAACGUGAAAACCUUAGUAUUAUCAGGACAGAAAUGUGUUUUGACCAGAACUGAUAGAAUACUUAAGGAUUUAAAUGUCUAUCCAUGAACAUUACUGCAAGGAAGUUGCUAAUAUAUAUUUUUUGUGUGCUUCAACAGUAUGUAAAUGAAGGGUUCCCAGGUUAGGUUGCAUCAUAUUCCUAAUUAAUAUAUUUUAACAUACCUUCCUCAGUGUUUCUUGUUCUUCCCACUGGUGCCUUCUGGAUUUGUUUUGCAAGUAAAUGGGAAAUUUUCACUUGAGAAGACUUGUUUCACAAGGUUAUCUAAAGGGCAAUAUGGCAGUUGAGGCUAGCUGAACACUAUAGUUGCCCAGACCACAUCAUCUCAAUGAAGUGGUCUUGGUGCAGUGUCCCUGUGCCGCGGGGUCAGAGCGUUGCCACGGGUUACCGUGUCAACGCUCCGCGCAGCACUCAGACCGCGAGACUUACAGUGGAGCUGACCAGAGACGGGAGCUGCAGGAAAGGUAAGUAACAGCUCUCUGCCAGCCCCCUCCUACACAGCCCAUCCACUGGAGAGCCCCCUUCCCUGGCCAUGUAUCAAGCAGGGAGGCCAUGUAUCAAGCAGGGAGGGGAGACGAAUACAAAUUUAAAUAAUAAAAUAUUAAUAAUAUUAAAAAAAAUGAUAAAAAUAUAAUAAUAUAACAAAAAAGUAUUAUAAUAAUAAUUAAAAAUAAAUAAUAAAAAUGCCCACCCCCCACCUAGGCGCUGCACUCACACACACACACGCUGCACUCAUACAUACAUACAUACAUACAUACAUACAUACAUACAUACAUACAUACAUACAUACACUGCAUUCAUUAUAAAAUAUAUAUAUAUAUAUAUAUAUAUAUAUAAAUUUACUAGUAGCUGCUGCAUUUCCCACCCUAGUCUUAUACUUGAGUCAAUACGUUUUCCCAGUUUUUUGGGGUAAAAUUAGGGGUCUCGAUUUUAUGUUCGGGUCGACUUAUACUGGAGUAUAUACGGGUAAUAAACAUUUACCAGCAAUGUUUUUUAGAAAGAUCCCUUACAACUUUACGUAGUGUUUAUGCCACGGCUUAAAAUGUCAAACUCUGUUACUAGCCUGGCGUUAAAACCUGGAGGGUGUGUUGAAAACCCACCAGGGGUGAAAUCGAUCUAACUUGAACAAAAACAAACUCCUACCUGACUGUCGAUGAAACAGCCAGGGAGGUUUCCUUCCUCCUUCCAUUAGCUUCAGGGAGCCAAUAAAAGUGGCAGACACGCUCUACUAGAGGACACCUGCCUUCCCCAACUUGGCAUGUGCGCACAUCCACAGGGCUUCGUUUUACCUGGCUGCAUCCCCCUCCAGUUCCUGUGUCCUCUCUCUGGCUGACCUCCUCACUGCAUGCACGUCUCUGAAUUGAAGGCCUCUCAAUGUGUAGCUUCUGAUUGGUCAUUUUCCCCAGCAAAAUAUGAAAGUCUGGGCCAGGCAGUCAGCAAAAGAUGCAUGCAUGUUUUCGUUGGGAAUCUAUCAACUAAAUAGUGAUUUCUUUUUUUUUUUUUUUUUUUUCGUGGAGUAAUCCUCUUAAUAUUAUAUAUAUUUUUUGUUACUGUAUAAACCGCAGUAUUGACGGCUUUUUGACAUGUUUGUACAACUCUUUGCCAGCAUUGCUCUAAAAGAGAGAGAAUAACCGGUUUUCUUGCAAUAAUAAUGAUUAGCCCCCUUCAGUUGUUUAUGAAACAGAAAAAUGAAAAACCAUAUACCAGUUUUCUGUACUAUAUCUCCUUUCUGCCAGAUAUUCUGACAGUUUGCAGGUUAUAUCAGUAGGACACAUGUGGCAGCUGGAUUGCAUUUGUGUUACGUUUCAAUAAGAUGUUAAGUGCCAUACAAUUACCAUCUUAAAGAUAGAUUUAAAGUCUUUGCCAAUGAAUACAGCUAUCAUACGUUUUCUCAUUAAGUAGUCUCUGUUGGCGCUGCCUGCGCCAUGUGAUCAGUUUUCCAUGCUUUUCAAUGAGCUAUCCCUGCGUGCCUACCAUUUUCCUUAGCUCCACUGAAAACAACACUUUUGUAAUUAUCACAAAUAUGACUGAUUCCAGACACAUAAGUACUUCAGCAAGCUGCAGUGUUCCUUUAAGAUCUUUCCACAUAAAAACUUGCAUAUUUGCUGCUGAGCGUGCCCAAAUAUAGUUCUCUUUGUGCCUAGUCUGAAAUAAAUGGCUCAUUUUCAUUUCUUGAGUAGAUUGUGUGGCUGUUUAAUCCAGUAACUAAGUGACUGACCCACUUAAUGGCUCCAUUACAUUUAUAAAUACCAGACAAGUUCACCAGGCAGCAAUUAGCAACUCCCAUUAUAGGCCAAGGUUGCUGAGCUGCUUGACAUGCGUAACAAUGCAUUUAUUUUUAUUGUUUAUAUGUCUCCAUCUAACCAAGAGUGCACAACAUGUUUUAAAUUUCAAGUUAGUUUUGGGGGGGGUUUCUAGCCCUGCAUGAGCAGGUAACUGCUGAAUGUAGUUGUCCAAAGUUCCAUGUAUAUGUAGGCAUUUAUUAACCACAAGUAGCACCUUAGCCAAUGGACAAUGCUUCUAAGGGACAAUUUGUAUUCCAUAAUAAUGUAGGGGGUCACAUUUCCUGCUCACAUAGUGGAGAAUACUUUUAACUGCAUGUAUAAAAUAAUAAUAAUAAUAAUAAUGUUCUGUGUUGCCAGUUAAUGCUGAUGUUUUGUGUAUAGGAUUGGACCUAUUAAUUUACAUUAAAAAAUGUUUAUAAAAAAACUUUUAUAUGCAUAUAAUUCUAGAACAUAUGCCAAUCCAUAAAAGGUUAUUAGUAAAAUAAUGUAGAUAUAAACUGAUAACAUGGUUUUUCUAGUAUUUUAUUUUCUAAUUUGACUUUCAGCUGCACUUAGGUAAUCUUAAAGGAGCAGUCCUAGCUUUUUGUCUGAGCUAAAAAAACAAAACAGUAGUAAUAAACAGAAAUUGACCAAGGUUAAAAAAAAAAAAAAAGCAAAAACCUUUUAUCCCAACAUAAGUUAAAGGAACUCCUGAUCCUAUAGUGUUGAAAACACUAUCUAGACCCCUUGCGCCCCUAAUUAUAAUUAAAUCAUACUGAUCUGCCUCCUUGGUUGACAGAAGUGAUGAUCUAAGCCUAUCACAAUGCUUUCACAUUGGAAAGCAUUGGAUUGGCUAAGACUGUCAGUUCUGAUGAUCUUAGCCAAGGAGGUGAGCUGGGGUGGAACCAUAUGCCACCCUAGCCAAUCAGCAUCUCCUCAUAGAGAUGCUUUGAACCCAGAAAGGUUCAGUGUCUCCAUGCAGAGGGUUAAGAUACUGUAUGUCAGUGCUGCACACUAGUAGCAUCUGAGAACUGGACAUUGGAGGUGUCCCAUGGGCUGUAAUGUAGACACUGCCUUUUCUCAAAAAAGACCGUGUUUACAGCAAAAAGCCUGUAGGGACUGACUACACUCAGCAGAACAACUACAAUAAGCUGUAGUUCUUGUGACUAUAUUGUCCCUUUAAGUAAUAAUUCUAAAAAUAAAAACUGAACAUGUUCACUUAUAUGUGCAGUAUAUUUUGGCUUGAUAAGUUUCAUAUGAAGAUGUCCCCCAGAGCCGAAACGUCUGGGUUUUUAUUUCUCCUGCUCUUGGUCAGUAUACCUUUUUUUUUUUUUUUUUUUUUUUUUUAAAUGGGUGAUUGCAUAUAGUUCUUUAUAACUGUGGUUUUUGGUACUAAUAAUGGGUUAUGCACUAUACUAUACACUUUCCUUCUGUUAAAGGACCACUAUAGUGCCAGGAAAACAUACUUGUUUUCCUGGCUCUAUAGGGUCUUUAGGUCUCCCCUCCCGCCGGGCUCUAGGUGGUGGAAGGGGUUAAAUUUACCUCUUUUUCCAGCGCAGGGAGGGGGAUUCUCCUCUUCCUUCUCGUCGUCAUUGGCUGAAUGCGCGGCACGAGGCGCGAGCGUGCAUACAGCCAGUCCUAGGAAAGCAUUCUCAAUGCUUUCCUAUGGACGCUGGCAUCUUCUCACUGUGAAAAUCACAGCGAGAAGCGCGGAAGCGCCUCUAGUGGCUGUCAAUGAGACAGCCACUAGAGGCUGGAUUAACCCUAAAGUAAACAUAGCAGUUUCUCUGAAACUGCUAUGUUUAUAGAAGAAAGGGUUAAUCCUAGCUGGACCUUGGGAUUAUUGUUAUUUCAAUUAAGUUUCAUAUGAAGACCUGACAAUCUGAGAUCUAACCUUGAUACCCAGACAAACAGGCUCCAUUUUGUUUAAAAAACAAAGUACCGAAUGAAAAUCAAUAUAGUUGCAAACGAAAAAUAAUUACAGUAAAGUGCUUCUGUAGCCAUAGAUUUUUAUUUAAUUUUUAUUCUAUUGGUAGAAUGUUUACUAAACUUGAUUAUAUUGUAGUGACUACUUAAUGAAAUACUUACUGAUUUACUGACAUUCUGAAGCAAUUAAAAGAUAUACAAAGUGAUCACUUUAUCUUUUGUUAGCACUAAUCUUUGGUUAAAAAAAAAAAAAAAAGACUAUGAAAGUAUAUCUCUCUUCCCCCUCUGAUGCCGCCAUGCUUCAGAGGGGCAGGGUGUCUGGACAGAAAAUCCAAAGACUAACAUAACCAUGUCAGUUUAAAUACAAUGCUUGAUCUUCUUGUUGCUUAAAUUCACUUGAUGGUAAUCUGGUGUGGUAUCUAAUAGUGAUCUUAUUUGCCAACUCUGACCUGUAAGAGUUUGGUGUCCUUGUAAUACCAGUAUACUAAAUAGAUUUGCAAAAUGAACUUAAAGGGACACUAUAGGCACCCAGCUAAUUGAAGUGGUCUGGGUGCAUUGUCUCAGUCCCUCUUAGUCCUGCAAUAUAAAUUAAUUGGAGUUUUAGAAUAAUUACAUUGCAGGUCUAAGACUGCCUCUAGCGGCUGUCAAUCAGACAGCCACUAGACACACUUCCUGGUGGUUAAGCGACUUUUAGUCACUUAACUGAUGCUGAACGUCCUCACGGUCUGCAUGAGGACCUCCAGCGUCAGUAAAAACCCCAUUUGAAAGCACUGAAGAAAUGAUUUUCUAUGGGGAAGGCCUAAUGUUCUUGCAGCGCAUGCUCAUUAGCCCUGUUCACCACGUUGAAGGAGGUAAAGCGCCGAAGGAAGAUCCCUGCUAGAAUCAGGCAAAUAAAGGCUUUUAAAAACCCUUUUUUAAUGCGGGGGGGAUCUGUCUUUUGUAAUGAAUACAACUUUGUUUUCCUUACAUUGUAGAAUCCCUUUAAAACUUAAACUUUACCUUCCUGUUAUCUUUUUAGAUUCAGUUAAAAAGAAAAGAUAAACUUACCUUUUCAAACAGCAGAGUGCCAGUUUUCCACCUGGCCACUACCACUCCUUUAUGUGAGCUAAUAAGACCGAUUGUCUCGGACAAUCCAAUGCUUUUCAACAUAGAAUCACUGAGGGACAUAGAGCAUGUUCGGCAAUUACAGCGCAACAUUACAAUGACGCAGAAUGUGAAAACUGUAAAUUUGUUUACACUCUUCACUAGAAAGUAUGUAUUGUAGCUGUUUAAAAAAACUAAACAAAACAAAGGCAUGCUGAUUGACAAAUGUAAACAUUAUUCACAGCUAUGCUUACAUUUGUCAUCCAGGCAUCAAGACAAUUACAGUAAGCUCUAUCGACUAGAUACAAAUCUCAUGGGUGAAUUUAGAAUCUGUAAGAUUCUAUUAACCUGCAAAUAUGCAGAGCAAUAAACUUUGUCAGAUGGUCUCAACACCACAGCAUGAAUCAGGCAUUUUGCACAAUGCGUACAUUUAUUUUAAUUGUUUUAACCUGUGGGAUAGGCAUAAGGCUAUCCUAACUAUAAGUUAAGACUAGGGACUAAUGAAAGUAUUUAGACAAUUGGGCAGACUAGAUGGGCCGAAUGGUUCUUAUCUGCCGUCACAUUCUAUGUUUCUAUGUAACCCACCUUCAUUGAUAAACAGUACUAAGGCAGGUCUUCAAUCACAGUGUUGCUGAUAAUGAUAAAAAACCUAUUUCAAUAACUAUUUGUAAUACUCCUCAAACUUCAUAAUGGAACCCUAUACAUGUAGCAUUUGCUUACCCAAAGACCCUAAACAAUAUUUAUAAACCUGUCGGCUAUCUUUUCUCUGUUCAAUCAAAGAUAAGGAGAGGAAUUCCCAGUGAACAAGUGGAGAGAUUACUUCCUCCCCCUCUCUUUAACCUACCUGCUUUAGACAUAUGUGCAUCAGGGCUCUGAGAGGGCACUUAAAGGUGAGUAUGUAUCAACUUAAGCUUAAUGUAGUGGUUUGGUGUCUAUAGCAUGUACCUGCAGUGUUCGCACUGGAAACAUUGUAUUUUCAGAGAAAAGGCCAUGUUUACAUUACUGCCUGGAAACAGUCACUUAGACGGCCACUAGAGGUGUUUCAUUGGCACAAUGUGCAGCACUGGCAUUCGGUGUCUCCAUGCUCUGCAUGGAGGCUCUGAACGUUCCCAAUAAAGAUGUACUGAUUCAAUGCAUCUCUAUAAUGAGAUGUUGAUUGGCGCAGCAAGGCAUUUUGCCAUGCAUGUUCAAUAGUCUCCCAAUUCUUUCCUAUUGGAAAGCAUUGGAUUGGCUGAAAUUGAUGAUUUCAGCCAUGCAGGCAGUGCCAGCAAAGAACAGGUAAAUAAAAUCACCUUUCAUCUCCAGAGAGAGGGGGCCAGGGACCUAAUGCUGCAUUCUAACACUAUAUUGUCAGGAAUAUAUAUUUAUUUUCCUGACAUGAUAAUGUUCCUUUAAAGACAGAAUUUAACACUGCGAGUAGCGUAGUCAAGGUCACAGAUCCAGACAUUUUGUUCUUGGCAAACACUUUAUAAAGAAUUUGUUUGCUCACUUUUCAACUAGAUAAUCAGAGAUCACACUUGGUGGAUAUUAAAUUAAGAGAAGAUACAUGGCAAGUGUUUAGAGGGGUUAUUUAUAGUUUAUACAUUUUGCAAGGACUUUAAAAUUUUGAAAUAAAAGCAUUGGCACAACAAAAAUAGAAGUGACAGCCAGACUGGAGUGUAGGCAUUGAAAGGUUAAAUGAACACUCUAAAUCUCUAAAGAGGGUUGAGUGGAGCUGUAGCAAGAAGAUGACAUUAAUAUCCUAUAAGGUGGUCUCGCAGGACCAACCCGGAAACCAUAUGAGAUCCUCAAGGACAUUAUCUUGGAAGCAGUUGCACCUCUAGCUUAAUGGGCACCAGAGAGAUAUCAAUCCCAGUCUUCUGUAAUGUCCACUUAAGCCAACUUGGGAUUGGAAUCCAAAAUAAAAAGGGGGGCAGGUUAUAAUGGAGGUCUUCGACUGCACAUAUUCAUGCAAGCAAGUCACAGGAUACAGAUCUGGACAAGUCUGGAAAGUAUAACAGACAGAUUUGAUAGACGUUUAGUGAUAAUGGGGCCAGAGUGAGGACAUAUUCUGGAAUCCUCUCUUAUUACAGCCAGCCAUCCACCUGCCCGCCUCCACUCUCCCUCAGACAGCCGAUCACCAUGGAGCUGACGAAUCCCAAGUGCCAGUACAAAAUUCAUAGUCUUUGUGGCAACCUGGCUCCUGGGAUUUGUCAAGCCCUGGUUUGUGGAGCAAGGAUUUCAAGGUGUUGCCUUGGCUUCAAAAUUCUCUAGAUUUCAAUCCUUAUGAGCAUCCGUAGGACGUGCUGGAACAACAAAUCCGAUCCAUGGAGUCAUCGAUGCAUCAAAGCUGUUUUGACAGCAUGAGGGGGACCUACACAAAAUAAGGCAGGUGGUAGUGGCAGAUCAUUGCAUACGUAGUUACUGGGAUAUGCUAUUAAGUAAAAGUGAAUUUUCUGUUUUACCUUAUUUUGUGUACUAAACCCAUUGUUCGUACCUGAUAUACAUGGUCGAAAAUCAAAUUAAUCAUCCGCUUAGAUUGUUUUACCGCUUUUAAAGGGAUUAUCAAGUGCCAGGAAAACAAAGCAGUUUUCCUGGCACUGUAGAAUUCUGGAGUGCACCCCCCAACCCAUGUCACUGUUUAGACACUAACCUAACACUUACCUGACCCAGCACAUGUCCCUCGGCGAUGGGUCAGGCUCCGCCCAUGCAAAUAGCCUUGUGCGCAUUAGACCUCCCCAUCGUAAAGCAUUAAGGUCCGUGAGGACGUCCAGCGUCAGAUAACGGACCAAAAGUCCGAUUUUUCAUUCUGGAAGCCCUCUAGUUGCUGGUAGACAGCCACUGAGGGCAGACUUGUGCUGCAAUGUAAACAUUGCAAUUCUCUAGAACUACGUUGUACAUUGCAGCACUGGGUACAAAAGGGACACAGCACCUAGACUACUUCAAUGAGCUGAAGUAGUCUGGGUGCCUACAGUGUCCCUUUAAAAAAUAGAAUAAAAUAAGAAUAAAAUUGUGCAAGUAUUUUUACACAAAAUUACCAUUUUAUUCUUUUUUUCGUUUAUAUAUCUAUAUUUUAAUUAUUAAUUUGGUUGGAUUGUGCAGAAACUGCAAGUUUAUUUUGGUUUUCUCUACAAUUGAAAAUCAGUAUUCAUUGUUCCGAAUCUGUGCAGCAAUUAGAACUGUUUUUAAUAAAAAUGGGAAUCCGCUGAACUGAGCAGAAAAUGGAAAAACUUUCCAGUGAACGUUUUCAGUUAAAACCUAAAUGACUUGACUUUCUGCUGCCAAGCGUUUCCACUAUUUUUAAUGUGUGUACAUAACAUCCCAAAAUGCAAGAUGUGCCCCUUUUGUGACUUCUACAUGUAGUUUUGGGGUCUUGUAUCUUGACACAGCAGAAUAGUUAAAUUAAGUAUUUAAAGUAAAAAAUGACACCAUCAUGGCCGACUGCUGUGUUUCAUGUGAGCUCCUCGCAUAAUCUGAGUAAUCCAUACAUUUAAAGCGAAGUGGCAUCCCAGAGAACUACCCAAUUGACUACUAACUGGACUCUGACUAUUGGGAAGCCCCUUUCUGGAGUCACACUUUCUAGCCUGUGGCCUAACAAAGCUACUGAGGCCUGCUCACCCGGCGUGGACCAUGGAGGGGAGAAAUGGCGAUCUUCCAGCCUGGGACUGCAGGUGUGAAGCAGCUGCCCCGUCUUUACCCCUCUUUCUCCCCCCUCUGGACUGGUGGAGAAUAUGCCGGUCCCUACUGGGGGAAAAGCCAUCAAGCACUCCUAGCACUACUGUAACAACCUGCCCGCAGCCCCUCUUGGCAUGGGCAAAAUGGCCGAUGUUUAGACAGUCAUUUGUGACACAAUGGGAGGCUAAUUUCCUAGCUGCUUUCAACAAGAUCUGCACAGCUUUCUGUCACCUGGUUGAAUCCCGUACAAGGCUGCCACAACCGUAUACACUGCAUGGCAUACAGAUGCUCGCAGCAGAUGUCCCCACAGCCUGUCUCUCCUCCGAACUGGAGACCAGUUUGGCACACAGCCCCCACUUACCAGCACCUCUUGCAGCACAAAUAAGCUAUGCUGUGAUCCAGACCGCUCGCCCUUCUCCUGGGCGAAUGCCCAUCUGCUUCUCCGCCGCCCACGCACCUGGAUUCUGAUGAACCCAGGGGCCCACGAUCCUGAACCUUGACGCAGGUGGCUCAGGUCUGCUGUGAACCGCUACCCUCCUGAAGCCUGGUCUAAAUUAGGACACCACUCUCCCACACCCUCUGGGGAUCCUCACCCACUGUAAGCAGAACCAACAUCCUGGAGGGCUCCGAGAUCAAGCCCUGGACACAGCUCAGGAAGAGACUUGUGGCUCAAGGGCAACAAACUGUAUGGCAGCCUGGGGCUAGUGGGGUACAGAUGCGCGGGACUUGAGGCUAUACUGCAGUCGGGGCAGCACACAUGAACUAUCAGGGAUAGGCUAAUUAACCUGUCUACUCGGUAACACCUUCUAUGCCUCGGUUUAGCCUCACUCUACUGUAUUAGUUUAGGGCAGUUCUGUCUAUUGUUAUCUCUUCUUUGACAGACAAUUCUGUGGUUGACACACGGUGGUAAUCAUAUUUGUUAUUAUCUCAUGAUUUUAUUUAGCUUGAUUCAAAUAAUUUAGUUAUUUACGUUGACAAUGCUUGUCGUUAUUUAUGGCAAUCAACAUCAGUGCCUAGGAAAUGCAAUUGCUUUUACAUAACCUAUUUCAUUAUCUCCCCUAUGCAUGGUAUGUUUCUCAUCAUUAUUUUCCCUGUUACAUUAAUAAAAAAAAAGGGCUGUAUGACAUUUUCCAACAAUCUUGCUUUUAAUGUCAUGGUGUGUGUUUUUUGUUUUUUUAAGUCACUGUUGGACUGUUUAACCUAUACACUGCAAAAAUUAAAGAAUUAAUUUUUUUUUUUUUUACAUUUUUUUUAUGACACUACCAUAUCAAUGUGUAAUGAAGAUAAAACAAUAACACAGAUGAAAUAAAAAUAAAUUAACUCUACCUUCAAUGCAUGGUUUAGUGAUUAUUUUUUUUUAUUAAUAGCUGUAGGCAUGUCCCUCAUUAGGAACAGCCUUUUUAACUCAUGUCCAGGAGUCUCCCUCAAAUGAGAAGGUCUGUACUACAGCAGAGAUUUUCCUACCGGUCUCCUUCCAGGACAGGCAGCAUUUACCUAAAUAAAUGAGAAAUGUAAAUGAUUAGGCCCACAUUGACUCCUUCCCUACAAGUUAUGAAUCUGUUACACUCCAAUGGAUGCCCAGUUGUCUGUCUGUCUACAAUAAACACUGAGAUCUAUGACUGGUUCCGUGAGACUGCAGAAGCCUCUGGUAGACAUUGUGAUUGGACAAAAGUUGAUGGCAAAUUCCUCACUUAUUCUUAUGGAUUCUAUGAAUUGUGUCUUUAGCAGUAUUUUAUGAGGAAUAUAUACUUAUGAAAUACUGAAAAGUGACAGGUCUGCUUUAUCAGGCCAUGCAGAUAAAUUGUAGGAUUGUUCUUAAUUUUUAUUUGAAAUCUGAAAUAUGACAUUUUACUUUUGUAAAUGUUCUUGUUGCAUCAUUUCCCAUUAUAUGUAAAAUGUUGUUCUUUCAGAUUACAGCUAUAGAAGACUUGUUACAGGAACGUCCUUUGUACCAUCAUGGCUCAGUUUGGAGGCCAGAAGAAUCCUCCUCCAUGGGCCACCCAAUUUACAGCAACUGCUGUGUCUCAACCAGGUAAAACUGCAUUUUGCUGCAUUUACGUUUGGUUAAUAAAAUGUGUUCUAUGAAAAUGUUGAUAUUUGGCUCUGCUUGGUAAUUUUAAUUAUAUGCUUCUAAUUAUCUGAGUAUAAUCCGUUCUGAUUACCAAGAAGAUGCAAGAGGAAUAUUGUGUGUCUGUGUAAUCAUUCUGUCAGUGCUCCAGCUAGGGCUAUAUUCACAACUUUUUUUGUUCUUCUGUUCUAAUCCAGUGUGUGUGUGUGUGUGUCUGUCUGUCUGUCUGUCUGUCUGUCUUAAGGAGUUUUGAACCGGGCCUGCUCUGAUAUUUUGCUAAGUGAAUUCCAGUCUUGGGGGGGUUCUUUAAGUUCUCAAAUUUAAACAGCUGCUUUUGUGCCUGUGAUAUGUAUAGGAAAAUGUGGGCGCUGUCUGUGAGCAUUAUAAAUUAUGUGACACUUAACCAGGCUGGAGAGAUUCCAGGUACCUAUGUUUUACUGGUGGUAUUUGAUAUAUCUGUCUUUUACUCGUGUGUUUUUUUUUUUGUUUGUUUUUUUUUCCUCCUCUUUUAAGUGCUUAAUUAUUAUUUCUUAUUUUUUUUAUUAAUAUAAUAUAUAUAUUUUUAACCUCUUAAGGACCAAACUUCUGGAAUAAAAGGGAAUCCUGACAUGUCACACAUGUCAUGUGUCCUUAACGGGUUAAAUUACUGAUGCAUCCUUUUCAGCACAUUAUCAGCGGCCAACGCCAUCACCAUUUUUCUUCUGAGAUAAACCGUUGUAUGCCCCAAACUCUUGGUUAAGUUCUGUGUAUUACAUCUGUUUAUGUUCAGUGUUAAACCUUGCUGAUUGUCUGCUUAACUAUUUAAAUGCCAAAGGUGUGCUUAAGGCAAUGCUUUUCAAUGCAUCAGACUUGUCUCCAACACUUAAAUGGUUAAUUCAAAUUUUGUCACUUAAGCAGAGUGUGAAAUAAUCCUGGCAUACAGAGCUGAAUAAUUAAAAUCGUAUAUAGCUAUCACAUAAAGAGCUGACACAGGCAGUAUUUGUGAUAACAACCAGGAGCUCUAAUAAUGGUGAUAGUCUUGAAUUUGUGGUACAAAAUGUUCCCUUUUAAGAGAGAAUUUUUCCAUUGUGAGAAAUAAUGGAAAGUGCAAAUUUAAAAGGAUGCUAUUGUCUAUUGUUGACCUCCCUUUUUUUUUUUUUUGCAUUAAAAGAAUGAAAAAAAUUCUAGGUUUACCCAAAUUGGAAAAUGCCUGACAUUUGUUGGCAAAUCUUAAAUUUCACAUUGUAUUAAAGGUGAGCUAAGCAUAUCCCAAAUAAUAUUGCUCAACAGAAUAUUAUGAGACAUAUACAGUUGCAAGAAAAAGUAUGUGAACCCUUUGGAAUGAUAUGGAUUUCUGCACAAAUUGGUCAUAAAAUGUGAUCUGAUCAUCAUCUAAGUCACAACAAUAGACAAUCACAGUCUGCUUAAACUAAUAACACACAAAGAAUGAAAUGUUGCCAUGUUUUUAUUGAACACACCAUGUAAACAUUCACAGUGCAGGUGGAAAAAGUAUGUGAACCCCUAGACUAAUGACAUCUCCAAGAGCUAAUUGGAGUGAGAUGUCAGCCAACUGGAGUCCAAUCAAUGAGAUGAGAUUGGAGGUGUUGGUUACAGCUGCCCUGCCCUAUAAAAAACACACACCAGUUCUGGGUUUGCUUUUCACAAGAAGCAUUGCCUGAUGUGAAUGAUGCCUCGCACAAAAGAGCUCUCAGAAGACCUACGAUUAAGAAUUGUUGACUUGCAUAAAGCUGGAAAGGGUUAUAAAAGCAUCUCCAAAAGCCUUGCUGUUCGUCAGUCCACGGUAAGACAAAUUGUCUAUAAAUGGAGAAAGUUCAGCACUGCUGCUACUCUCCCUAGGAGUGGCCGUCCUGUAAAGAUGACUGUAAGGGCACAGUGCAGACUGCUCAAUGAGGUGAAGAAGAAUCCUAGAGUGUCAGCUAAAGACUUACAAAAGUCACUGGCAAAUGCUAACAUCCCUGUUAGCGAAUCUACAAUACGUAAAACACUAAACAAGAAUGGAUUUCAUGGGAGGAUACCACAGAGGAAGCUACUGCUGUCCAAACAAAACAUUGCUGCACGUUUACAGUUUGCACAAGAGCACCUGGAUGUUCCACAGCAGUACUGGCAAAAUAUUCUGUGGACAGAUGAAACCAAAGUUGAGUUGUUUGGAAGAAACACACAACACUAUGUGUGGCGAAAAAAAGACACAGCACACCAACAUCAAAACCUCAUCCCAGCUCUGAAGUAUGGUGGUGGGGGCAUCAUGGUUUGGGGCUGCUUUGCUGCGUCAGGGCCUGGAUGGAUUGCUAUCAUCGAAGGAAAAAUGAAUUCCCAAGCUUAUCAAGACAUUUUGCAGGAGAACUUAAGGCCAUCUGUCUACCAGCUGAAGCUCAACAGAAGAUGGGUGUUGCAACAGGACAAUGACCCAAAGCAUAGAAGUAAAUCAACAACAGCAUGGCCUAAACAGAAGAAAAUACGCCUUCUGAAGUGGCCCAAUCAGAGUCCUGACCUCAACCCGAUUGAGAUGCUGUGGCAUGACCUCAAGAAAGUGAUUCACACCAGACAUCCCAAGAAUAUUGCUGAACUGAAACAGUUCUGUAAAGAGGAAUGGUCAAGAAUUACUCCUGACCGUUGUGCACGUCUGAUCUGCAACUACAGGAAACGUUUGAAGUUAUUGCUGCCAAAGAAUUCUACCAGUUAUUAAAUCCAAGGGUUCACAUACUUUUUCCACCUGCACUGUGAAUGUUUACAUGGUGUGUUCAAUAAAAACAUGGCAACAUUUCAUUCUUUGUGUGUUGUUAGUUUAAGCAGACUGUGAUUGUCUAUUGUUGUGACUUAGAUGAUCACAUUUUAUGACCAAUUUGUGCAGAAAUCCAUAUAAUUCCAAAGGAUUCACAUACUUUUUCUUGAAACUGUAGUCUUGCAGUUGACAGCAUUUACACGCGUCAUAUAAGAUAAAUGGGGCUGCUAUAAAAGCAGAAAUGUGAGUGAUGUCAGGUUACGUAUAGCUCCAUUCUCAGAUCUGCGAGUUUACAGCCUUUCAUUGCCUUCCAAGGUUACACAGAUUUUGAUGUAAAAUAUCCGAUGAGUCUCCUGUUUUGUCAAACCAUUGGAAAAUGUUUGACCCGAUGCUUGGAUCGAGUCAUUGGUUUGGCUUCUGCACAUUCUGACCCCAGAACUCUAAAAUGACAACAUUCAUUUUCCAGCUCUUUCGCUAAAGCAAUAUAUGCGUUGUAUGCGCAUUGUUGCUUAUGUAUGCAAUAUACCACACCACAGCAGUGUUUCAGUACUUUUCAUUUAGCUUCCUACUGCCAUGCUAUCUUCCAGCUGAUAAGUCACAAAUUCUCUUCUGUAACUUGAUUUAAUAAAGGGCUAGAUCUUCAUGGGUUGUGCAUAGGGGUACAUCUAUUAAAAUACUAUUCUGAAUUUAACCCUUGAUUUGUUUAACAAGGUUAAGGGUGCUAUGGUGUAAACCUCUCUCAGCACAAACAAAUUGCACAGAUUCGAGUGCUGGAGAGCUAAUUGAAGGAUUGGUACAACAUAUUCACAGGGAUCGGAUGGAAAGAGAAGUCUGAUUCCAGAGUCAUUGGUACAUAGUUAAUGUUUCUUAUAAAUUUUCCUUAGAAAGACUGCUAUUAAGUAAGAUCAAACGUAGCUGACGUUUUCUUUAAAAAAAACAAACAAAAAAACAUUUGGGAGAUUGUACGGCAGUAGUUCUGCUAUUAAAUAUAUUAUUCUCCUACACACUCUAUGUUUCUGUCUGCUGUUCCUGUGCUGUCAGCCCCACGUGAGCAGAAUUGAUUCUGUCAUUCUCGCCAUGCGUUACAGAUAGGAUACUUCCUGCGCUUGUGGCAUACGAUAGAUAGGAAACUCAUUCUGGAAUAUGACAAGUGACCGGCAACUGAGGGUUGUAGUCAAUGGAAUAUAUUCGAAGCUUGGACUGUCACUAGUGGCAGGAUCUGUACUUGGACCCAUUCUCUUUAAUAUUUUUAUUAGUGAUAUUGUAGAAGGUCUUGAUGGUAAGGUAUGUCUUUUUGCUGAUGAUACUAAGAUAUGUAACAGAGUUGAUGUUCCAGGAGGGAUAAGCCAAAUGGCAAAUGAUUUAGGUCAACUAGAAAAAUGGUCAGAAUUGUGGCAACUGACAUUUAAUGUGGAUAAGUGCAAGAUAAUGCAUCUUGGACGUAAAAACCCAAGGGCAGAGUACAGAAUAUUUGAUAGAGUUCUAACCUCAACAUAUGAGGAAAGGGAUUUAGGGGUGAUUAUUUCUGAUGACUUAAAGGUAGGCAGACAAUGUAAUAGAGCAGCAGGAAAUGCUAGCAGAAUGCUUGGUUGUAUAGGGAGAGGUAUUAGCAGUAGAAAGAGGGAAGUGCUCAUGCCAUUGUACAGAACACUGGUGAGACCUCACUUGGAGUAUUGUACACAGUACUGGAGACCGUAUCUUCAGAAGGAUAUUGAUAAUUUAGAGAGAGUUCAGAGAAGGGCUACUAAACUGGUUCAUGGAUUGCAGGAUAAAACUUACCAGGAAAGGUUAAAGGAUCUUAACAAUUAUAGCUUGGAGGAAAGACGAGAUUGGUGAUAUGAUAAAAACAUUUAAAUACAUUAAGGGAAUCAACACAGUAAAGGAGACUAUAUUUAAAAGAAGAAAAACUACCACAACAAGAGGACAUAUUCUUAAAUUAGAGGGACAAAGGUUUAAAAAUAUCAGGAAGUAUUACUUUACUGAGAGGGUAGUGGAUGCAUGGAAUAGCCUUCCAGCUGAAGUGGUAGAGGUUAACACAGUAAAGGAGUAUAAGCAUGCGUGGGAUAGGCAUAAGGCUAGGGACUAAUGAAAGUAUUUAGAAAAUUGGGCAGACUAGAUGGGCCGAAUGGUUCUUAUCUGCCGUCACAUUCUAUGUUUCUAAGUAUCUUAUUCAGUCUGCCUGUUUUUCAUUCCUGCAAAAUGGCGUCUCACCACUGCUAUAUGAGAAGAAGGGAUUUGAACUGUGAGCAUAACUCCCUCCAUUGAAUGUACAGAUUCAUUAACAUGAUCAAUAUAUAUUGUACGUAUAUUUACAAAUUUGUGUAGCAAUUACAAUCUGUUUUGCUUUGGUUGCCUUUGGUACCCAAUCACUUACAUGCACAUUGUAUAUAAGCAUGCAGUUUUUCUCAGUCUUUCUGGAAACCCUAGUAAUGUGCUAAUGUAAACAUGGUGUCCUGUUCUCUUCUUAGCUCCCCUAGGGGUCCAGCAGCCAUCGUUACUUGGAGCCUCCCCUACAAUCUACACUCAGCAAUCGGCACUGGCGGCAGCCGGCCUCACCUCCCCAUCUCCAGCCAACUACCAGCUGACUCAAACAGCAGCUUUGCAGCAACAGGCAGCCGCCGCUGCAGCCGCCGCUGCUCUGCAACAGGUAAACAAUCAACGUCUUGUAUAUAAAUGUUCUCCCUGGUUUAGCAGUUUGCAAAAAGUGAUUUACAGACAAAUAUUUCCAGACUUUUUUUUUUUUUUCUUUUUUUUUUUUACUACGUAUUUGUUGCAGUAGGGUAAGGAUGCAUUGCUUGUUGCAUGGAUUUACCUGUGAUAAAAUUGAUAAAAGAGGCACUUUAGUCCCCUAACCAACUUUAGCUUAAUGAAGCAGUUGUUGUGUAUAGAUCAUUCACUGCUAUUUAGGAGAUAAAUCACUUCUUUUUUGUUUUUGUUUUUUUGUUUCUGCAGCCCUAGCCACACCUUCCUGGCUGUGACUGACACAGCAUGCAUGAAACCAAAAUGGAUGCACUUUCAAUCAGGUGCAACUUGCUUUGCAAGAUUUUAUCUCCUGCACUGUAAAUUGAGUUUUAAUUACAUACAGGAGGCUCCUGUAGGGUCCAGCAAUCUUUUAACUGUGCAGGAGAUGAUAAAUGAUCAAUUAAACAGAAUUUGCGGUAAAGGAAGUGUAAACAUUAAUGACUCUUUACAGGAAGUGUUUAGGAAGGCUGUGUAAGUCACGUGAAGGCAGGUGUGCCUUGGGCUGCAUAAAGUGAUUUAACUCCUAAAUGGCAGAGAACUAAGCAGUGUGACUGCAGGGGCAUGAUCUAUACACCAAAACGGCUUCAUUAAGCUAAAAUAUGUUUGGUGCCUAUAGUGUCCCUUUUAUUAAUGGUGCAGUCCUUGCAUCCAAGCCAAAGCAUUUGAAAAGUUCAAGUGGAGGAAUUCUUGUGCACGACCUGCUGUUGGACUAUUAAUUCCUUACUUGGCUGAGAGUGAUGAUGAUUUUAAUCACACAGGAAUUACAGGGACAUGGUUUUCAUAAGUCUGCAAUUUCUAUUGCUGUUAUUAUGUGAAAACGCCCAUGGUUAAAGUAGUCCACUACCAUUUGUAGAGAUUUGAUAUCUUUGCUGUUGCUUGGUGCAGUCCCUUCCCCAAUGGAGUAUAAUGCUACUCAAAGCUUAUGGCUUACUUUACAUUGCAGUGUGUCACUAUUGGCCUCUACUGUUCUUUUCAUGAUUGCCAGUGUGAUAAGCAGAACAUCAAUGACACUGCAGCUCAAUGAUUUGAGGGAAUAAAAAUCAACCUUGUUAAAUCCGAAUCCACCCACUGUGUGAAGACAAUGCUUGCUGACAGAAAGUGUUAUUAAUUGUGUUCCCAUUUUAUUUUAGCAGUACACACAACCUCAGCAGACCAUAUACAGUGUACAACAACAGGUAUGUAUAUACUUUAUUAUCAAACAUGGCAGGAAUAACAAGAUACAUUGAUUUAUUUAUAUUGUUUUUAAUACAGUAUGAGCAAAACCAUUUUUUUUUUAUUUAUGCUUUCUCACACAACUUUUUGACACUUUAAAAUAUUUCUAAUCGAAAACCAUGAACGGUUACAAAGUUGUUUUGUUUUUUGUUUGUUUGUUUUUGUUUUUUGUGUUUGCUUUCAAACCAAAUAAUUUUUUUCAAUGUUAAGUUAGAUGGGACUUUUUGUUUUUAACAUAUAACACUAGAGCAUGUCUUGGCAUUAUGCAAUCACUUGCCUUCUUUAUUGCUGUUUGAAAAUUGCAUGAGUACAUACAUUUAAAAAAUAUAGUACACAUUUCACGAUGAAAGUUUUUUUUUUUUUUUUUUAGAAAUAACUAUCGAUAAAACAACCACUGAAAACAAUUUGUAACAUCUCUAGUGUAUGUAGUGGGUUCCAAUAAAAUACAGUAUAUUAUGUAUGUAUGUAUUGAUAUGAAUAUUGCAUUUUUUAUUUUUAUUUUUCUGCUCGGUCUUAAAUAUUUGCUUUCAUUAAAAAAAGUAUGUAUUUGCUCUUUGUAGGUGAAAUAUAAUGUUUAUAAUGAUAUCGUAUUUUAUUUUUAUUUUUUCGUACAGUUACAGCAGCCACAGCAAACUCUAUUAACACAGGUGAGUAUGCAAUAUUAUUUCUUUAGUGUCAGUCCUUUAUCUGCUCUGUUCUUUCUCCCUUUUUUUGUACUUUUGGACUGACUGUUCUCAUUACACUGUUUAAACAGUCUGACCACAUGUUUUUAUAGAGGUGGGCAGCUACUCUUGCAUUCCAUUAGAGUUCUGCAUUACCUGCCUCUCUCUAUGUUUGAUACAACUAGGGAAUACAAUCACAUUUUUGCUUUAAUGAAUAGUAAUGCAGGUCUAGCAAGGAUGGAUGUGAGAUCACCUGGGGAAUACAAUAAGAGUAUCGCUUUGACAAACAAUAGUGCAAUUCUAGCAUGGAUGGAUAUGAGAUGGGCGGUAUGUGGGCCACUGAAGGGCUGGAGAUGAUGGGCAUACAAAAUGUGUUUUGUGUUGUCAUUGUUGUAUCACAGUGAAACAAAACGUGUGUUAUUAUUAAUUUGUAAAACUCAGGGAUCUUUACAAACACUCCAUACAGUCACAGUGUAAUGAAUAAGAUUAAGAGGUGCGUGGGUAGUGUCGGAAAUAACAAAUGCAUUUAGAUAACCCAUUUUCUGGAACAUUGAUAAGAGCGUAAAUUAAAUAAGGGGAUAUAAGAGAGACAGGGUUAUUUACUAAAGUAAGAAUAGCCAAACUGGAAUUCAGAUAUUCUAGUUUGGCUACUUUGCCAUAAAUGAGAAUUUCCCUUUAAAUUCCUGACAAUACUCACUUUAAUAAUAAAAAAUAAAAAAAUAAAAAAGUUAUGGAGAGUUGAAGAGUUUCUCAGGUUUGGUUAUUUUGCUGUAAAUUUGUCAUUCCUCCAUUGUUUCCACUCUAGUGGGGUGGGGGGGUGGGGGGGAGGAAAUGUUAAACUUUGGAUACCGGUAUUUCUGCAUUACUUUUUUAUUUUAUUUAUUUUUUUACCCUUAGACAUGAGAUCUCUGGGAUUUAUUCGAUGGUCCCAAGAAUAAGAAUGGGAGUUUCAAUUUCUUGCCAUUAUAUGUUUAAACCUUGAGUUAUCAAUAACAGGGUUUUUUUUAGAUUACGUUAAAGAGCACAAUCUACUCUGUUUUGUAGCAGACUGUGACCCUACCUACGAGCCUUGCGUUGUCCACUCCCCAACAGGCUGCACAGAUAACUGUUUCAUACCCAACACCACGAUCCAGCCAGCAGCAGACUCAGACACAGAAGCAGCGUGUUUUCACGGGCGUUGUGACCAAGCUCCAUGAAACCUUUGGGUUUGUGGAUGAAGAUGUAUUUUUUCAGCUUACGUAUGUAUUUCCAAAUAUUUAUUUCUAAUGUGUAAAGUAUGAUGGAUGCUGUUGUUUAUUUAUAAAAAAAUUUUUUUCCUUCACGGUAACAUUUUACAUGGGAUGCAAAUUAGUUUAAUCCUUAAGGAAAGCUAAAAUCAAAAAAAAAUUUUUUUUAAAUUAGAUGUCCAGUCAGAUGUGUUGUUUGGUUACAGAGGCAAGUCUUGUUGCCUAAACUUAAUGUUUUUUGCCAAUAUCAAAUAAAGGAACAUUGCAGACCUUAUUGACAAGCACAAGAUAUUUUAUGUCAAUCAUAAAUCUAAUUACUGGAAAAUACUGUUGAGUUUUUUUUUUUUUUUUAAAUAUCAUGCAUCUGUUUAGCUCUGUAACCAAUGGAAUACAAACUCAACAUGUUUACAGUAGAAUGCUAACAUAGAGGAUUGUAUUCCCUCUGGUCCCCAACUUGAAAUGCUCUGCAUGCACACAAUACUUACCUAGGUAUCCUAGGUGUAAAAAAAAAAAAAAAGUGGGCCUGAGAUUUGAACCCUUCCAAUUAUAAACUGACCAUAAAAAGGUAAUAUUCCGCCAUAUUGUGAAUUACAUCAGGACUUGCGUUCUAAGUCUAAAAAACAAAAAUGUGCGAAAUGUUUUUUUUAUAUAUAUAUAUAUAUGUAUGUAUGUGUGUGUGUGUGUGUGUGUGUGUGUGUAUGUUCAUGCACCAUGUGAUGUGCUCUUAAGAUCACUUUUUGGUCCAAGGAACUAGGACAAUCCUGAGCUGAGAAAUUGAGGUUUCUGGCACAAAGAUUGCCCCCGUGUUUAGACAUAAGUAAAAUAAAUAUAUAUGUAAAAUAGUAAUGUAAAAAAAAAUCAGGAUGAGGGGGCGGAGCUUGACCACCAGCCUGUACAGACACCAUGCUUGUGAGCUCCUCCACACAAACACAAGAAAACGCAAAUAAAACAAUAGUGAAAACCCAUCCUAACCCCAAAGGCUACCAGCUACAACGAUCAAAGUCUCCCGAGGCGAUAGAUGCCCUUUUUGUCAACAAAAGACCCAGCCAAGACGGAAACGGAAAACCGGGACCUACCCCGCGUUGUCCCUUCUGGGCCUGGAGGCGCUACUCACGCGGCAAGUGAGCGACUAUCCUCAAACCUUACCCGACAGCCCAGUCCAUAUGCCAGCUAUGAGCCGCCGCUCGCAGAACAUGACGGCGACGGAACACAUGGAUAUUAGGACUAUGAUCCAACAGCCCGCACAGCCCCAACCCGCUCUUGCGGAGGCUCCACGGCCUGUCGCUACCCCGCAGCCUAAUGCUCACACUCACCCAAACGAGCAAACAGGGGCUGAACAAUCGGUAGACACUCACCCAAUGGCGCCCGCAGCUCCCACUUACUGCACACUGAUGAUCAGGCAUGACCUGAAGGUCCUAUUGGCAGACUUUCACAAAAUACUAGCGACUGAACUCGCUCCUAUUAAAAACUACAUGAAGGCCAUCACAGACCGGUUACAGGCCUCGGAGAGAGACAUUGCAGACGUCCAAACGCAGAUGACUAAGCUCCUGAACACAGUGCAUCAGGUCUGGUCCCAUCAAAGAGCCAUCACCACACAAAUCACGGCCAUGGAAGACUGCCAACACCGCACCAAUAUUAAAAUAAGGGGCAUCCCGAUGAGUCACGGUAGACGAACUACCUCACAAUGUCAGACGUUUGCUGACCUCCAUCCUGUCCCAUGCAGUGGCCAAAAAAAUAAAUAUUGAAGGAACUUACCGUUUAACAGGGCCCACUGGGGCAUCAACCACGGCGACGAGAGACGUCAUUCUCCGGUGUGCCACGACAAAAUACUAAUAAUGUUGUCAAUUAAGGGAAAAACACCCCUACACUUCGAAGAAGCCUCCCUGACGUUCUAUCAGGACCUUACAAAGGCAACCCUCCUGUGACGUAAAACGUUCAAUCCUGUGACCAGCCUACUUUGCUCAGCCAACAUGAGCUACAGGUGGGGAAUGAAUGGAUCCCUGACAGUGACCUGAAAUGGCAGCUUACACACUCACCUCGAUGGAAAACGCAACAACGUUCCUGAUGGCCCUGGGCCUGGAGCACUUGCCGGAAAACACACAAGCGAGAGUGCCCGUCCCCACUUCCACUUGGGACCCAGCCCACGCACCAUCCUUUUGUCCCGAGGUCGGCGACUGCGGGGCGGCAGUACCGGGAACAAUCUCCAGGGACGACCCGAUAUGAGGCGCUAGCUACCAGACCGGAGACCCGCCUUCCGGCCCUAACUUCAAUAUGGGACUGUCUGCCCAGGACUUUACAUAUGGCUCUCUACAGAUAAUGUUUACCCCUCUGUCAUCCCUAUUUUUCCCUUCCCCCUCUUAUAACUUACAUUGCGAUUUUGUACUUAAUUCACACAAACACUGGGGUAAUGCCAGCUACCAGACACAACAUCUAGGGUUAGGGACCCAGUAACGACAAAUAUCCUCACAAUAAGGAUUGUUACCCUUCCACUACGCACAGAACCUGGGGCAACCCUGAACCUUCUCGAACACCUCCCACCCCCCCGCUACUCCCUCAGUUAGGAGUAACCAAACACAACACAUAGUGUGACUGGACACCCCACGACCACCAGACCUUGGCUCAUCCCCACGUGGAUACACAGCUUCUUGGUCUGCACAACGUGUAUUUAACAAAGCUACAUCACACGUCAGUACGUGAACACACAAGCUGACCACUCCAGCCUCAGGACCCUCUGCUUACAACCUCGGCGUACUGAAACCUCACGCACUUGACAGCAAGUGUACACCACACCUGAACACCCAACACCCUAAGGGCGACUCACCAGCUGUCAAGACUUACACAAACACGUUAAAAAUAAAAAGGUGCUAGAAUCUAAUGUGAACCUGCUUGCACACUAAUUACAUACUAUCCACUCUCUGUUGAACGCUGUAACGUUUAUGCUUUGCACUGAAAAAAUAGAUUUAAAAAAAUAAUAAAAAAAUCAGGAUGACUGUAGUGUGAUGUUGGUGGAGUGAUUGAGCACUCUGUCAGGUAUUUUAUUUAUUUAUUUUCCUGCUUACAGUGCUGUCAAAGGAAAAUCUCCCCAAGUCGGAGAUCGCGUGCUGGUAGAGGCAACUUACAAUCCAAAUAUGCCAUUUAAAUGGAAUGCACAGAGGAUACAGACCCUUCCAAACCAGGUAUUUAAAUGCCUUUCUCUACAUCUAAAUUGCCUCCUUUCCUUAUUCAAUUUUCCUGUGUUUAAUAUUGCUCCUGUAUUUUACCGCAGAAUCCAGCUCCAGCACAGUCUCUGAUGAAAAACACUCAAUCUGUAAUGCCCCCAGUUGCUCAGCAGGGUGCAUUUGCUGUUCAGUCUCAGCCCCCUCCUCAAGCCCAAACUUUGCUACAGGCUCAGAUAUCAGCUGCUUCACUCACUCCUCUUCUUCAGACACAGCCAUCUCCACUUUUACAGCAGCCACAGCAAAAAGGUGAGCAUAAUGCCAAACCCUGGCUAGAAUUUAUUGCCUGUUAUGUAGAAUUAAAUUUGUGUUUUAAAACCCUUAUUUGUUAUUCUUGGCAAAUGGUUUGGAAAAAUCGUGAAUAUGAUUCUGUUUUCCAUGUAGCUUAACAUUUAUUUCCCUAGCUUCAGGAAUAUAUAAUUAUCAGAAAUAGGUGGCAAAAGAGCCAGGGGUUUAAGCCCAAGAGUACAUUUUAUAUAGAACGUAUAGAAAUGAGCUCCACCCUAGCACUCAACCGUUAUGGAGGUGUAUCUAAUUUGGAGAAGGUCCCUAAAUCCCUCUAAAAAUACAUACACUAAAAGCCAAAGCAAACCAUGCACGCUCAAUUAUAUGCUAUCAAGCAAAGAGUAUUUUUAUUUAAAAGAAAAAAUUGGUGUACUGUUAUAUACUCCCAAAAGUAGAAAAAUACUGUUUCAUAAAUAUGGAAAAAGAUAAACAAAAUAUAAGGAUUUGUCUUAAUUGAGACAAUACAAUAAUACCAAAAAAACAAGGGGAAUGUGCCCAUGUAUGAAAGAAAGCUGUUAAUAUUAGAAUAUACAGAAUUGUAUAAACUAGAGUAGUGAAGUUAUAUAACGAAAACUUAUAAUAUAAAAAAUAUAAUAUCAAUACUGAUUAUACAAAUGUCAACAGUUAUAGGAUAAACAUUUAACAGAACCUUUCUGUCAAAAGUAAGACUUGGUACUAUAGGUUAAAUCCAUCAGAGGAAAACAUAACCGGUAAACAAUGAUCAGUAUUGUUGUUGGUCUUUGGAUCCCAGAUCAUCAGGAAUGGAGUUGAAAUAAGAUUGUAACACCCAUAAGUUUGAUUGCAGUACUAAACUAAAUGUCACUGUGUACAUAGGUAUGUAUUAUCUUUAAGUUCAACCAGAGUAGUUCACUUGUUUCAGUGAAGAAAUGCAGUAAUGCCUAUCCAUAAAAAUAAAGGAAUCUAUACAUCAGUUGAAUAUUUACAACAAAUUGCGUUCAUUACAUUUAAAAGUAUCACGUUUUCUUUGGUUGUUGCUGUGUGGACUGAAGAUGCCACUUGUUCAUCUUGUCACCAUGCCUGACCAGUGAUCCUUCUAUGUCCUCCUUGCUAGCCAUUUCAGUUCUUUCAACAACUUUUGUCUUUUCUCUUUCUUUCCUGAAUUUUUUUUUUUUUGUUUGUUUGUUUCCUUCUUCACACUUCCCUUUUACUCUCCAUAGAAAAUGUUCGAGCCUUGCCUCCAUUCUGCAUGCUUACCUGUUCCGAUGUACAAAAGGGUUCUCACCCCUGGUAGCCUAAGAAUAAAGAGAGCUCUGCCACCUGGGGUACAGAUCUUUUGUGGCAGAACUUACCACCUAUUUGUGUGUUUUAUCCGUUCGGUAGUACGUAAUACAAACAAAAUCCAUUUGUCUUCUGAACGAGGACCACCACUUUACCCCAUUAGAACGUUUACACGAGCAACUUAAGUGCGAAAAACGCAAGGGACGUAAUUAAUUAAUUCUUCCCCUGGGUGGCCGCCAUUUCGUAUUACUGAACACGUGGCGGACAAAAGAAUGGCGGCCAUCUUGUCUCUCGAACGUGGGCAGCAGUACUUGGUCAUCGAGUGCCUGGAACUCUUUUCGGCUAGGCACUCACACGAACGCCGGUAAAACUUAGAACGCUGCCCGUUCUAUUUCCUGACCACAUAUAUGAAUGAUGUUCGGGGGAUAUGAACUACCGAACAGGGGAGCAUUCGUAUCCUGAAAUGAAGAAAUUCCCUUGCUUGGUGUUCGCACAGGAACCCCACAAACGGAGACCGUCCAGGGCACCUAUUUUCCUGGAACUGUUUUGGGCUAGCGCCUAGUGUCUGGCCGGUGAAAACUUCACCUCGAUGGCGUUCCCGUUUAACAGAACAGAGUGAUCUUUGGAUAUGUUAUGCAGUCAGAUUGGGGCUAUCCGGGGGGUGUACUUUCUGUGGGGUUCCCGAGUAUGGUGGGGACACUUUUGGGGUACUGUAUGUUUUGUAUGGAUUUUCUGUACUUGAGAGAUAAUUGGAUUAGAGUUUUUUUCUCAUGCAAUUAUCUCUGGCACAGAGGAUCUUGGGAUUGAAACCCCUGUUUUAUUGUGUUGGAGAACCCAUGUAAAAGCAGUUUGUGGUCUGAAUAAACUGUUUAUUCCCAGAACUAUGUUUCGUCUGGUUAGUGGGGGAAUGGAUGUCUGCUUGUGUUAAUAGUUCCAGAGUGGCUGAAGGAAGGAAUUAGCGGAGGUAACCAGUCGAGUUACUCGUGGUCAGCUACAUCUUUAUUAUACUGAUCCCUUGUUGAGGCUAACGGCAGACUGGUAUAAGGUGCAAUAGGAUCCCAACACACUGUGAGCAGGAAGACUGCGAGGGAAGAAAUCAAUUUAAAUGCGUGCCACAGAAGUCACAGAUCUCCUCUGUCUCUUGAAAAUAGCAGAUCAGAUACAUAAGAACUAGAGUUUCCCCAGAUUUCUUAUCUCCUUGCGUUGCUUGGUGCCACUCAUUACAGCAGUGCCCUAGUAGUUCUAGCUCUAACAAAGUAUCAAGAGCUGACAAUAAAUGGCAGUUACAUCAGGGAAUAGUACAGAAAUUUAAUUUUCGCAUGGAAACAAAACAUCUUUCAUGCAGAAAACAUUGUGUGACUGUUAAAUCAAAUGUUCUGCUAACCUAAAAGGGGAAUGGUCAAGUCUCAUGAUUUUUAAAAUUGUUUAUUUAUAACUCAAUCAAAUCUGCCUUAGCAAAGUCUGGGGGAAAAAAAAAAAACGAAAUGUUGAAAUCCAGGCUCUUGUAUGUAGCUCUGUCCUGUGACCGAGGUCCUUCAUCUUGGCUCCAUGUUAAUCAUUGUUUUUUGCUUUGCUCUUUGCACUUGUCAACACAUGGAGAGGAAGAGAAACCAAACCACAAUGUUUCUGUUUUCCUCCUCUAAUGCAAUGUGGGCCGUUGCUGUACCAAGACUGAGUGGGAUUGUGGGAUUUCAGUUACUUAGCUUCUACUAUGCAUUAAAAGAAAACCGAUCUGCUCUCCUUAUUCCCUUUUUCGCCAUCUAUUUUAUUUUUUUUGGUUAAUAUCUGUUUUUGUGUUUUAUUGUUAUUAUUUAUACAUUGUCUAGUUCUCAAAUUGAAAACUUGCAUGGAGAAAUGUUUUACAUGAUAUUCUUUUCAUAGUUACUCCUUUAUUCUGUAAACCUACUCCUGUUAUAAGUGCUACUGUCCAAAUAGUUCUUGUUAUAGGUUUGCUGUUAUUGAACAAAAAUGCAAACGUAAUCAAUAAAUAACUUGGGGGAAAAAGAAACUGUAAUGCACCCACCCCACUCCAGCCCCACUUCCAUAUUGUAAAUGGUCAAACCAUUUUAUAAUGAGUUGACUUCUUACACGGAGGUGUCAGUCCCUGCCUCCCCCUGUAUGGAGAGACGGAACCUCCUGCUUAGCUCAUGUAGAGAACUUGACAUCAACGGACAAAAACAAAGUAAAAAGUCAGACUGUUGGCAACCCCUUCACUACUACAUUGGAGAGCACCAAUGCCCUUCUGGCACCAUAACCACUGCAAAGCACUGUAUGGUUACGGUGCUUGGAUUGUUACUUUAACAUGCAUUAUAGAUAACUUUCAUUAACAUUUAAGAAAAUAAGUGUUCUAUCAAAUCUAAAUACAUUUGCUAACCCCCCAAAAUACUUCAAAAUAUUGCCUUCCACUUGAGGUAUAGAUGUAAAUUCAAUAUCCAUUCAUAUUCCACCAGUCCUAUUCCUUUGACUCACGGCUGCUGUUUUCUACAGAAGCGUCUCUUACAAACUGAUACUGUUUUCUACAUACAUUGCUUUGACAUAAAAACCUAACCGCAAAAGGCCGAACUUAAACAUUUAAAUGUAUGGGAUCUUUCAAGACAUUCUGUAUCAGUGAAAAUGCAUAUUGCUGCAUUGCAAGUAUGUUAAUCUUAGUAAAGUUGGUGUGCUAUUAUUUUUCCAGCUUGGAAUAAAACAUCUAAAUGUAUUUAUUUUAGCUGGACUGUUACAAACCCCUGUUCGUAUUGUGACUCAACCACAGCCAGUUCGUCGAUUGGAACCUCCCUCUAGAUUUUCUGGUAGGAGUGAAAGAGGAGAGUCACUAUCAAGUAGGAAGGAUGACCGGAUGUAAGUUAACAUACUUUGUUGUUUGUUUAUAUUACACGUAUAUAAAGCUGAACUACACUCCUUACGUCAUGCAGGCUGUUAAAUCCUACAAUGUCCCCCAAAUUUAAGUUAAAAUAAUUCAAAUGGGAUGCGGUAUUUACAGAUUCUCACAAACAAGUGUAUCUGUACAGUGAUAAUCAAAACCAGAGAAUACUGGGAAGAGUUUAACAUUCAUAAACUAUAAUCGCAAUGCAAAUGCUUGUGUUUAACCCCUUAAGGACACAUGACAUGUGUGACAUGUCAUGAUUCCCUUUUAUUCUAGAAGUUUGGUCCUUAAGGGGUUAAUGGUUCUGUGUCUUACGGCAUGUGUGUAGGGAAGUGUGUGUGUGUGUGUGUGUGUGUGUGUGUGUGUGAGCUUUCAUAUCAAUGACUAAUAAUUCCAUGGUAUGUGUAUCAGGAUCAACGCGUUACAUUUUGUUUCCCCUUUUUAGCCGAGAAAGAGACAGAGAGAGGCGCAGAUCACGUGACCGAUCACCUCCAAGGAAAAGAUCAAGAGAGAGAUCACCACGUCGUGAGCGAGAGCGAUCUCCACGAAGACCUAGACGAGCUACACCUCGCUACACUGUUCAAUUUUCCAAAUUCUCUCUGGACUGGUAGGUUCCAUUUUUGGCUUCUGGAACAACUUACUGCUUCCCUAAGGCUAAACUUGGCAAAAGCAUUAUUUGUCAAGCAGUUCAUUACAUUAGUUGCUUCUUCUCUGGCUCGUAUGUAUGAACUAGAAUUUGUUUGUGAAAGGAAAAUAGGCAUUACCAUUUCUCAUUCACCUGAACAAAAAUGGUUUAAUUCAUUAUUGCAUAUGAUUGGAGAGAAAGCAGUGGCUGUGUAUGACAUCAAUUAUUGCAAAUGCUUUUGUGCUGUGUCAAAUAAUUUUACCCACACAGGUGAGCAAGAUGCCGCGUAUUAAUUGGGGCUAAGCCAAGUUGUUAUUGCUAUUUAUAUAGUGCCAACAGAUUCCGUAGCGCUUUACAAUAUUAUGAGAGGGGGGAUUUAACUAUAAAUUGGACAAUUAUAAGAAAACUCAUAGGAACGAUAAGUUGAAGAGUACCCUGCUUAAACGAGCUUACAUUCUAUAGGAGGUGGGGUAUAAAACACAUUAGGACAAGAAAUCGCAAUCAAAUAAGGUCGGAGUGAAGCAGAGCUGGAGGAGAGAGUAGAGUGCUGCCCUUUAGGAGAGAGCAAGAGACAGGUAUGUAAGGUAGAGGUUACUCUGGGAGGCCAUAAGUUUUCCUAAAGAGAUGGGUUUUAAGGCACUUCAUAAAAUAUGCAUGACUAAGGUAUAGUCUGAUGGCGGUAGGCAGGCUAUUUCAAAGGAAGGGAGCCGCCGUGAGUAGUCCUGCAAGCGUGAAUUGGCCAUACACGUGCGAGCAGCGGACAGGAGAAGGUCACGGGCAGAGUGGAAAGACCCAAAAGGGGCAUACCUAUGGAUCUGUGAAGAGAUAUGAGGGGCUAGAAUUGUUCAGUGCUUUAUAGGUAUGGGUUAGCACUUUGAAAUGACUUCUAUAGGAUACAGGAAGCCAAUGUAAGGACUGACAGAGGGGAGAGGUGUGAGAGGAGCGACAGGAGAGGAAAAUCAGUCUAGCGGCAGCAUUCAUUACAGAUUGUAGCGGGGCAAUACAGCUUUUGGUCCUUGAUGAUUUGGAAUGACCUAGUAGGUGGUUCAGAUUAAUUUUGAAGUAUACAUAAAUAUGAUAUUCAGGAGCAUAUAUUAUUUAAUAUUUCUUUGAUUUUGUUUCGUGUUUGUUUUUUGGGUUUUUUUUUUUGUCCAUUUUUUUUUACAUAUAUACGUCAAAAAUGUUGGAAUCCUUUUAAAUUUCAUAUUCUGCAGUUUGAGUUAGUAGUAAAUUGAAGUUAAAAAGGUUACUUUUCCCGUUUAGCUGAUAAAUAUAACUUGUCUAGUAACUGGUAAAAAAACAUUCAUAUUUAACCCCUUAAAGACACGUGACAUGUCAUGAUUCCCUUUUAUUCCAGAAGUUUGGUCCUUAACCACUUCUAGGUUUCCUUUGGCCGUUAGUUUAGAACUUUCCAAAUAUUUAUCAUUUAUCAGUGCAGUCACCUCAGUGCAUUAUUUAUGAAAGUCAAAAUUAUCAGGAACUGUACAGAGAGUUAGACAUUUUAGUCAAAUAGCCUUGUAAUUGUCUUGCAAAUAUAACAUCGUUCUGACAUUGGUAAAUAUCCACAGUUAGUGUUUUUUGUGUUCAGAGGUUCGUAUUAUGAGGGAUAGUUGGGUUAUAGUAAUAAUCAAUAUCCCAGUUAGUACUUACAAACUAGUGAAAGCUGUAUGUUCCCUGGAUAAAUAAUAUGCUUCCUUGAAGCGGCUUUUAGAGAGAGGGCAGCUUAGUGUAACACUAUCAAAAUAUCAUUGGUCGGAUGACUUUGGAAAGACCAUACAGAAAUGAAUCUAAUCUACCGAAAUUAAUCGAAUAUUAAAUUAUGCAAGUGGCUGCAAAAAGACUUUGGGUGCUGGGAGAGUUUUUUUUUUUUUUUGCUUUAUUUUGUUUUAAUCAAACCGCUCCAACGUGGUUUGACAGUUGAUGUGUACAGCACACUCAUCCGAAGCAUAGUAGCUGCUACAUCACAAUGUGCUGGUUGUCCUGUAUAUAAUAAAAACACUACAAAAGUUUUAUUGGAUUACCUCUCUAGGAAUAAAAUGUCAAGACUCGAAACUUUGGUUGAAUGGUCAUUCCAGUACAAUGUAUUUCAAAUAAUACUGUUUCUGAUUUGGAGGAUCUGAGUUUUAGCCAGUUUAAAAACGAAUGCGUGGCGUUUUUACAAUAUGCCAGCAGAGGGUGCAUGAGACUGCAUUUGUAAAUUAUGGAAAUCAGGGCUGUGUGUUGGAUACAUGUAGUGUCAAAGUGGAAAGGGCAGUUUCUGACUAGAAAGCAACAAAGUUUUUAAACAUAAUUUAUUUUUUAUUUUAUUUAUUUUUUUAUUAUAAAACAGGUGAUGAUUUAUAUGCUGCCUGAACUUUCAUUGUUUGUUCAUGAAUCUUGUCUGAUUUUUUUUUUCUUUUUCUUUCUUGAAAGUCAAUAACCGCUUAUGUUCAUGUCUGUAUUUGCCCCACAUUCUGUCAUGUUCAACAAUGAAUAUUUGAGUUGCUUUGCUAUUUUUUUAAAUCCAAAUAACGACUUUAGAAAAAAGUUGGUACCAUUAAAAGAACAUUUGGACACCAUAACAACUUAAAGGAUCACUAUAGUGUCAGGAAAACAAACCCGUUUUCCUGACCCUAUAGUGCCCUCAGUGUCCCCCUCCCUUGGCGCCAAAGGGGUUAAAACCCCUUCUGCAGGUCACCUUAAUACAGCGCCGGGCUCCCUCGGCGCCGGUGACCUCUCCUCCCCCGCCAACGUCCGCUCCUGAGUGCUUUUCUAUGCACUGUCUGCACGCUGGAUGCGAAUUUCACAUUAGCGGCUGUCAGGAAGACUGUAGUUUGGAUAGAAUCUGCUACAAGUCAUUUUAGAAUAUUCUGUGACAUUUCUAGAAGGUACAGGUACUUCACUGUACAAAAUUGGAUAAAGAAAAGGAGGUUUUGUGCACACGUUAGAUAAUGGUAUGCUCUGUAACAUACAGUAAUCAUCGAACAGUAUGUAAUGAACAAAGUAUAAUAAAAAGUAACUUGGAGCACUCACACUUCAGAGAGCCAUAUAAGUCGGCUCUCUACUGUAAAAGUAUGGCUCUCUGAAGUGUGAGUGCUCCAAGUUACUUUUUAUUAUACUUUGUUCAUUACAUACUGUUCUAUGAUUACUGUUUGUUACAGAUCAUACCAUUAUCCAACGUGUGCGCAAAACCUCCUUUUCUUUAUCCAAUUUUGUACAUGUAAGUGUUUUAAGGUGACUAAAACACUGGUUUGGUUUUUAGACGCACUGGGAUUUAUUGUUUUUCAUUUAGUACAUAUCGCUUAGCGCCAUUUCACCUACUUUUUGUGUGACAGGUACUUCACUGUUACCGCGGCAAUACAUUUCUUCAUCAGUACUGCAUUAUUUAUUUUAUUUUUUUCACAGCCCUGGAUGUGACACUAUGGAACUGAGACGACGUUACCAGAAUCUUUACAUUCCCAGUGAUUUCUUUGACGCUCAGUUCACUUGGGUGGAUGCUUUUCCUAUUUCACGUCCGUUUCAUCUCGGAAAUUACACUAACUUCCAUAUAAUGCACAAAGAAGUGGAUUCACUUGAGAAAAACACUGCCGUCUUGGAUCCUCCAGAUGUAGAUCACACAUACAGCGCAAAGGUUAGUGUUGAGGGAUCCUUGUAUUAAAUGGGCAAUGUUAAGUUCCAAUGUAUGUACUUGUAUAGAUAUGGAAGGGUUAUUUACAAUUUAGAUGUAAAGUGCUUGAAACCUGCUGAUUGUAUCUUUACCUGUAGUGUUUAAAAAGCUUGAUUUCGAUGGAGAGUAGCUCAAAAGCAAUAUACUAUGUGCUGUUUUUCAUAUGCAAAGAAAUACUUAGAAAAGGAGUAGGCAACAUUUGGCACUCCAGAUGUUGUGUACCGCAAGUCCCCUGAUGCUCUUACAGCGAUGUUUAUGCCUGCAAAGAAAAGGGGAGAUAUGGUCCACCACCUUUAGAAUGGCAAAGAUUGCCUUUUAAAGAUAAUCAGUUAGUGUUUGAGUAAAACCAAACUCAUUCAGUUGUCCCGUAGGCCUGUGCUUAAAUCACUUAUUCCAGCUUUGCUGAUAGAAUGGAUGACUGUGGUAUGUAUGGACUUACAAGGACACACUAUAAUUGGCAAAUAUUAUUUAUUUUAUUUGUUUAUUUUGGAAGUGGCAUCCUCCUCAUAGAGAAGCAUUGGUAUGUGCCUCUAUGGGAGACUUUAACUGCAUUUGGUCUCACCAUAAUGCUAAAUGCCAAGACUGUACAUCUAUUAAUGGAUGCAGACACUACAUGGAAAUCUCCUUUACCAUCUGGGACAUAUAAUAGUGUAGAACAUGUUUAUACCUUUAUAUAUUCCCCUCCACUGCAAACACCCUCUACACUAAUCAUACACACUACAAACAGCCCCAUAUACACACCAUCACUGAUGCACACAAAUAGCACUCCUAAUAGUACAAGCAACCCACACGAGUAUACACUUAACAUUACAGACCGCUCCUCAAACCACACACCGAAGCCACCCACACUAUUUCAAACAGCCAACAUACAUACUACACACAAUAUCACAGGCUGCCAGCACCACACCCAAAAAUAUUACAAGCAUCCCGCACACAUCACAUGCAGUAUCACAAGAGCACACAUACAUACACAGCACCGCAGACCCCCCCACUAUACACAUACUGCAAGCAACUCACAUACACAUAAAACAUAUACUUCACACAUUAGGCAUCCCAAAUACAUACACACACGCAUAAUACCACACACAGUCGCACAUAUAAAUGCCAGAAACCGCGCGCACACACAAUAUAGCACCAAAACACACCCAACUCCACAAACUGCUCCCGCCACACACACACGUACACAAUACCACAAAUGGCUUACAUUCACAAGUAAAACCCUACACUUCUCACACACAAUACCACAAAUAAUGUGUACACAACACUACACACAGCCCAUAUAUACAAUCAUGUUACCCCACAGAAAUCCCACACACAUACAUACAAUCUCAUAAAUUAUCCACCGCAUCCAUACAGAACACAAGCCCAAUUUCUCAACAAACUAAAUGUAACUUUGAAAAAUAAUACUGCCUGCACCAUAAGGAACUUUAAACAUUAAUUUGACAGUGUUACCAAAAGGUUGCUAACCCAUGCACUAGAGGUGUACUGCCUGUCAACAUUGCCAUUUUCCACAAGCAGCAAUGCUUACAUUUUUUACAGGGUAAGGACAGUAUCUAGGCACCAAGACCACUAUGAUAAGCAUUAAUGGGUAUUGGGGCUUAGUAGCCAGUCAACCAUUAAAUAAACUAGUGUUACAAAAAGGCAGAUUAUCGUAUUUAUUUUAAUUUUUUUUUAUUGUUGUAUAUAAAUGUUUAUGCUAAAGUGGAACUGUCCAAAAGUUAGCUGUGGGUAAUGCAUGUUUUUAAUGGGUUACUCCAACCUUUAUUUUAUUUAUAAUAUCCUAUUGGAUAUUAGUAAUUAGGACCUUCCCUUAUAUUUUAAAACUGUAAAAUAAACUUUAAACCACCUGGAAUUCAGCUCUGCAGAAACAUCUCUUUGUUGGAGCUGAUGUCGCUUUGUCCCUCUCUGUGGUCUUAUUUGAUCAGACUGCAUGCAGCGUCUGAGCUAGGGAGGGAAUUAAGGGGGUAAGGGGUGGAGGCAGAGAAAUUAUAAGAUCUACAGAAAAGCAAGGAUAGCUCAAAUGAGAGAGGGAUGUGAGGUGCAAGAGGAGAAGCUGAUUAAGUCUGUCUCCAGUGCUCUAACACAGAUGUCAUUUUUGCACAAAAUUAACAUUGGGCAGCCCUGAAAAGAGUUAUGAGCUGUUUAAGUAAUGUUUAAUGUGGGGCUUAUCUAGCCCCUGGCACAAAAGUGCAAAUAUUUUUUAAGUAGAGUGGGCUUUAACGCUGGUAGAAUGGAAACGUUCUGAGCGGGUUUAAAUCCCUUUCACACAAGGAAGAGAUCUCCUUGGUCAGUUGGUGCCAUAUUUAGUGGCUCCAAACUAGUAGAUGAGCUGUAUGCAGCGCUUUAAAUUAAUUUAAAUCCCCACGUCUGUGCGAUCGCAUUCAUCCAGGGCGUUUCUGAGCCUGAUGCCAGUUGAGAGAGACAUGUAGGAUCCGAAAAGACCGUCAGUGUCUCUCUGCAUGCCCCCGUUUUAAUUGUGAUUGACAGGGGCAGCUUGUAGUGGUUGCAGCACAAUUGUGUGAAUUUGGGAAAUUACUGUGCUGAUGUAUGAGGUUUACAGAGUUUGGUUUAAUGCUGUUUUUGGGUUGUGGAUCGUGUAGGGUUAGGGUACGUGUACGGUUAGUUUGUGUAAGCAUAUAGGUUGGGUUAGGGAUUGUUAACUACCAAAAAUUAGGAUUCUAGACAUAUAAGACAUUUAACAAUUAGGACUGGUUUGUGGAUCAAUUUGGCGUUUUUCUUUGGUUGCACUUGAUGUGUAAAAAUGCAGAUUUCCCCUCUCAUUUUAUUCACACUUAAUGUUAAGUCUGUAUAUAGGAUAUCGAAAGAAGGCUCUUACUGUGUUCAGUGGUAAAAAAAAAAAAAAAUGUAAUAAACCACAAUAUAGAAUAUGUACGGGAGCACUUAAAGAUAAACCAUUAAAUUACAGUUGAACACAUUCUAGGUUUUUAAGAAGUUUGACAAUUGCAUCCAUCCUUAACCCCUUAAGGACCAAACUUCUGGAAUAAAAGGGAAUCAUGACAUGUCACACAUGUCAUGUGCCCUUAAGGGGUUAAGGUGUUAAAUUAACCCUGCAGUGCUAUACAGCAUUAUGGGACAGCAAUGUUGUGGUGUGCAAUAGUCUCAUAGUAUUUAUUGGCUUGAGGGCAUGAGACAAUGUCAUGUCUAGAAAAGCAACAGUGUUGCUUUAAUACCCUUUUCUUAAUGUGUUUAAAGCCAGACUGAACUCGCCUUGGACUUUCCUAAUAGUCUCUUUUUCUUAAAUUAGGUUAUGCUGUUGGCAAGUCCUUCUUUGGAGGAUUUGUACCAUAAAUCUUGUGCUCUCGCUGAAGACCCAGUAGAAGUCAGGGAAGGAUUCCAGCAUCCAGCAAGACUUGUUAAGGUAACAAACUGAGGAAAAGCAUUCUGGGUAAGCCCCAUGCUCAAACCUGUGGGUUUGUGUGAUCGUUUCCCUAAACUGGCAAUAAAUAGACACUAAAUGUACCUUAGAUUGUGUUUAUUGUGUUUUAUAAUCAUUCUGCUUGAGCAGUAAGAACCACUGACUCCACGUGGACCAUUUCAUUUUACUUCUGUUCUCACCUACAAUUUGCAUUCAUUAAAAAUGUACAGGCUCUUUUGAAGACAGGAAGCAGAGGAUUACUGGUAGAAUACAUUCUGUCUAUUCAGGUGAUCUUUAAUUACCAUAUGUUAGAAAUAGCUGGAUAAUGCCAGUUCUCGAUCAGUGCAAACAGUGAGUGAUGUCAUAUGACAAUGGUAAACAAGUGAGAAAAUCCACACUUUCUCUUCACUUGAUCCUGAUGUUACCAGUCACCUUAGAACACAAUGACUCAAGUGUAAAAUCCAUUGCUAUGGAUUGUGACUUACAGACUUGAAGUACUUACGGCCCACCUGUAUAAUAGUGGUGAUGGUUGCACGGAAUAGUUGCAAUCAUUUACCAUCAGCAGUUAAAUUUCGGUGGAAAUAUUUUGGUUUUCUCUAUAAAAUGUUUUCAACUAACAUGUGCAGAAACCACUACGUAGCAGCUAGCUGCACGGCUAUUAGACCUGAUGUUUCUUUUUGCAUUAGACCUCUUUUUCACAGGAAGAGUAUCUGAAUAAAUCAAACAUGCAUUUAAAAAAGCUAGGUAGAGCUCAGAGUAAAGAAAUAAAUAAAAAAAAAAAGCCAGCCCAAUGUCAAUUUUCUCACAUUUAUUUUAUUUUCCUUUAGAACAAUUCUUUUUUUCUUUUAAUUUUAUUUAUUUCUAUUUUUACGCAUAGAAAAAUAUAAUAAUAUACUCUAAGUGCAUCAAUCAACAAAAACAUAAAUACAUUUGAAACACAAAAAUAAAAGAUAAAGUACACAUACAUCUAAUAUUUGUCAAUACCAAUAUAGUUCAUCCUUACUCAUAAUGAACAUAGCUUCAUUAUGCUCAGUAAAUGUAAUUCAUAGAUAUGAGAGAAGUCAGAGUACUUGGAAAGGUGAAUCGGUUGCAGUGGGAAUGAUGGGACAGAUUUGUUAUAAACCUAGUGAUGUGUUUAAAUCUGGUGAUAAGACCCCUUAUACUUGCUGUAUUUCACAAUUCACAAACACGCUGCCACACAGACAUAAUCCACAAUUGUUAGAUAUGUAUUGAUUAGAUUAUGUAGUAACACAUAACCAGCUAUUGGGGGCAGGGGGUACUCUUUGUCCCAGAAAAGGUGCUAAGGGUGGAACACUCCUUCCCACUAAAUUCUAUAGUGAAUAUAUGCAUUUGUCCUGAUGGUUUUAACUAAUGCUUAAAGUGAAUGUUCUACAGAUACCUGGAAAACGAAACUCCUUGUGUUUGUUACAUUUGCAGGAUAUUAUUAUCCUUGCACUUCAAGGUGUCGUCGUCUUCUUUUUUUUUUUUCUUUUUUUUUUUUUUUUUUUUUUUUUUUUUUUUUUUUUUUUUUUUUUUUUUUUAACAACGGGAAGUUGAUUGCUAUAACAAUCGAUUUUUGUAACGUUUUAUAGUCCUAAUCUGGAUGGUGCUGCGUCCCUGGCUGAUAUUGAUUGGAAGACCAAGAAGUAGAAGUCUGACAAACCCAGACUGUAAAUGAACAACGGAGAUCUUUUCUGACAUUCACAAGGCGCAUCUAGAUCCAAGAUGGCCACCUACACGAUCCAACUCCUCUGUGUCCUGUGGCAUGAGAACGCAAAACUGCCUGCAACACCAGCUGGUCCAACGGAGCAUAGAUUCCAGGCCAGUGACAACAGCAGCCCUGUACAGAAAAACAUCCUAGCUGAUGUGGCCUUGCUCCGCACUGAGCAUUUACAGGCCUUAUCAGAUGGCUGGGUUAUUUGGAAACGUUGUCUGUGGGGCCAAGACCAGAAAAUUACUUUACUUGAAAACGCAGUUCAAGCAUUCAGCAACAGAAAACAUUUGAGCAACGAUUUGCAAGCCUAGAAGACGAGUCGCCACAAUAAUUUGAAGAUUAGGGAAAAAUCAGAAGACGUACCAGCAGCAAAGCUUCCACAUUUCCUGAGGCGUUUGUUUGUGGUUUUACGGUCGCUUAAACAGGCAAAGUCCAUCACAUUUGACGGUUACUUUCAUCUCCCCAAGUCACCGAGAGUUCCAGAUACACUACAGAGAAACCUAGUGGUGCUCUUUCAAUCCAGUAGAAACAAAGCGGCAAGCCAUGCCACCAUCAAGGUGACUUUUUAUUACACUUUUGAGAGCUAACCUGUUAUGUAAAUCUCCUCAGUGGCACACAGGAGUUUUGGAGAUCUCCUUUACAUCACUACUCAGAUCGUGGUAUCUGCUAUAGAUGGUGCUUAUUCCGCACUUGUCUGGGUUCACAUGGGGGCUUCUCAUACCCAGUUCAAGAUCUGCAAGGAGCAUCUACAAAGAUCUCCUGGAGACCCUUGGCCUUCCAAAGGCUUCAGACAAGAGAGCUAGACCUUUUUCAUGCUGUGACUAUUCUUCAUGUUUCUUUUAUUUGGGCAUUGGACAGCCCUUUUAAGUUAUCAUCAGCGUAUUUAAUUUUGUAAUUUGCUUACUGAAAGUUCGUAAUAUAUUCUUGGUGAAUCAUAUAAUGUUUUUGGAACCUUGACUUUAAAUAAACAAGAACUGUAAUUUUCUUCUACUCUAGUUUUUAGUGGGAAUGAAGGGUAAAGAUGAAGCAAUGGCAAUAGGAGGACACUGGUCUCCUUCACUAGAUGGAUCCGACCCGGUUAAAGACCCUUCUGUGCUCAUCAAGACGGCUAUCCGGUGUUGUAAGGCUCUGACUGGCAUUGAUUUGAGCUUGUGCACACAGUGGUAAGUAGAAAUUCUGGUGUGGGAAAUGCGUGCCUCUGUUCCCUAACUCGCCCAUGGAUCUUUACAUUGCAAUUGUUUUUCACAAGGAUAUAUUAAAAUUAAAACUCCACAGGUUCUACUUUUGGUAUAAAUUCCUUUUUAAUGAUGACGUCGGAUUCUCAAUUGUAUGUACUGAUUUUCUGUAAUGAAAUAUUCUUGUAAAUUAUGAAGAUUUCUAUUUUUGGUUUUUAUGGGUUUUUUUUUUUUUUUUUUCUUCACCCAGCUCCAGAUCAUCGAAGAAAGCCUCAUACUCUGGCUCUGACAUAAAAAUAAAAAUUAUGUGGUCGUGUUUUCUAAUGGUAUUUCAAGCUUUGUUGUAUCAGCAGAUUAUAUUAGUAGUACACUAGUAGGUUAUUUAACAUUUUAAUUAUUUUUUUUUUUUACCAUUUUUAUGGUUUAAAUAUUAGCACGAUAUUGAAUGCUGCCCUCAAAACAAUGCUUCGACUUGCCUGAAGAAAACUGAUGACUUGUAUAAUUUAUGAUUAUUAUUUUAAUUUUUUUGUAGAUAACCUACAGCUAGCUGUUCUUGAUGUGCUACAAGAGAACUAGGCUCUAAAUAUACUUUACAGAUUUUGUUUUUCCAACAUGCUUCUUCCCUUGCGACAGGUAUCGUUUUGCAGAGAUCCGCUACCAUCGCCCUGAGGAGACCCACAAGGGGCGUACGGUUCCUGCUCAUGUGGAGACAGUGGUUUUAUUUUUCCCGGAUGUUUGGCAUUGCCUUCCCACCCGCUCAGAGUGGGAAAACCUGUGCCGUGGAUACAAGCAGCAGCUGACCGACAAGCUUCAGGGUGAACGCAAGGAAGCUGAUGGAGAACAGGCACUGAACGCUAAUCCCUCUUUCUAUUUCCGCUUCUCGCAGGCACAGGAAAACAGGCAUAACCACAGCACACACUAAACACACACUUCAAAUAUGCCUUGCGUCGACCGCAGUGUAGUAAAACUGUUUACAAGUUUCCAAACAUUGGGAGGGGAUAACUAAAUGAUUGACGAUAAAGAUUCAAACUGAUUUUAUUUAACUUUAAAUUUGGUUUCAAUUUAUACUAGACUUAGUUGUGGGGAGCUGACUUAAUUUAGCAAAAUGUGGCCCAAUCCAACAUAUUGCAUAUAAGAUUCACAUCUAUCAUUUUAAUCCCUUAUUACUGCAAUAUUAUUGUCAACAAUCUUUGAUUUUUAGGCAUAACUUAAAGAUCAAAAAAAGUAGCGAAAAAUAAAAUUAACAUAAGGAGUUGUGAAUCUGUACACUGUAAAGUCAUUGUAGACGAGCAGUGUCGACAUAUCCAGGUUUCAUUCAUUUUAUUCAUCGUUCUUUAUUUCACAGAUCUGGCUUUGAUUGACUUAGUGGUCAGUGAAAGUGGUAGAAUGUGUCUGUGCUCCUCAACAAGAGCUGUAGGAGAAGAUAAUGAGGAAAAAUUGUGACCUUACUACUUGCACGGACCUGCAACAGAAUACGACUUUCUGGAAAUCGAUUAUUAACCUUUUCUUUUCUUUUUUUUGCUUUAGGAAGAAGAGGAGAAAGAAGAUGGGGAGGCCAAAGAAAUUUGUAAUCCUACUCAUUGGUCAAAACUCGACCCAAAGAUAAUGAAGGUACUUUGAUCAUAGUUCUAACCUGCGUUUGUAAUAUAAAAUUAUAUUUCCAAUUUAUUAUGAAAUACAUUUGUUCUCUCAUGGGGACACAGGGUUAACCUUGACUCUGUCAACUACUGUUUAUCAUGAUGAGAACUGGUAGUUGUAUGUGGUGUGUUUUUAUUGGAGUUACAAACUUGAUUGAAAUCAGAUUCUAUCAAAGAUUGAGGAGAAACUGAAGAAAGACAUUUAUUUUUUUUUCAUUCUUUAUUUUUUCAGUGCAUAUAUAUAUAACACAACGCGCAUGUGGUACCCCAAUGGCAAUCCACAUGCUUUUCAAUAAGUCAUAACAGUGGGAUACCUGGUAAUACUUGUACAAUUUUAUAUGAAUACGAGAGGUCAGUUCUAUUUCGAGUAGCUUAUGUGUAGAUUUAGUGAGUGUAACAAGAUGUUAAUUAAGGUUAUGCAUAGAGACUUGUCAAUCAGUUUUUCUUUGAGACAUGUAUAAGCUAGUACGUUCAGUAAGAGUAAACAUGCAUCCCCACAGUAUGAGUAGAUAGGACGUGGCGUAUACUGCCAAACUAUGCCUCUUCCUGUGUUUUUAGUAAAUUAACGUUAGAGGCAGAGGAGUAUGUCGUCACGACUAGAACACAUCUAUGGAGAUAUAUCCAUCUAGUCUGCCUAGAGUCAUCGUGUAUGCAGGGGGAAGAAAGACAUUCUUAAAAGGCCAUUACAUCAGUGUUCAGGGUUAUUUUUUUUGUUGUUUUGUUUUUGUUUUUUUUGGUGAACUAACCUUAAACUAACCUUCAUGGUUUCCAGUUAUCUUCUUUUGGAAGUAACAAAUGGGGUGUCAGUUCAUUUACAUCGCAUUUCUCACCUCAACCCUUUGCUCCCAGGCCAUCUCACAGAGGCUGGUUUUACACUUCUGUGGCAAUCACCUUUAUUUCGCCCAUGGUCUUCUCGGAUUGUCCUGUUAGGGGACACUUCUCCAACCAGUAAAAAAAAGAACAAAAAAAAAAAAAAAACACUCCUCUGUGACACUGACAUGACAUGCUGGCUACAUUGCCAGCAUCUGAAUAGUGAUGCCCGUCACUCAGUUCCAUUACUACCUAACCAGCACUAGCAGCAUCUGUUGAAGAAUUGAUAAGUCGGAGAAAGACUUUUUUUUUUUAAAUGUAUACAUUUGCUAUCUCAUUGUAUAGAAUUUAAUGUUUUUAAAAAGCGUUAUCAAUGGGCACUUGUGCUUGAAUCACUCUUAUUAUGCUGUUUAAUGUGCCUUGUUAACAUAUAGAGUAGAUUGAUGAUAUAAGUGAGGAUUGUUAUUCAUAGGAGACCUGGCUAAUUUGGUAGCCUAUAAAUAUUGUAACGGAUGAGCAUGUGUGAGGUCGACGGCUACUUGAUGGAUGACCUGAGUAGAGCAGCUGUCCGUAAUAGUGUCUACUGGCUAGUCUUUUCAAAGACAAAAGCCCAACUAGUCACUGUGAAAUAACGCAAAUGAUUAUAGUUGUACCUGUAAGGAAGAAACCCAAGACCGUAGCUCAUUAGGCAUGAAAACAAAGUCCUAUGUUUAUCUACCUGGGGGUCCAUAUGGCAGGAAGACUGAGGAGGGUGGAUAGGCCGGGCAGCCAAGUCUAAGAGAAAAACUGCUGGAGCAAGUCGUUUGUUUCCAUGGUUAUUGCUCCACGUAUAGCAUUUUGCGUUAGUAUUUCUCUUUAUGUAUAUCCCUCAUAAUGUCUUUCAGGUAAAUGAUCUUCGUAAGGAGUUAGAGAGUCGAACUCUCAGCUCUAAAGGUCUGAAAUCACAACUUAUUGCACGUCUGACUAAGCAGCUUCGAAUAGAGGAACAAAAAGAGGAACAAAAGGAGCUUGAGAAAUCUGAAAAAGAAGAGGAUGAGGAAGAAGAAAGAAAAUCUGAAGAUGACAAAGAGGUUUAUAGCUGUUCUAAUUAUUUAUAAAUAACGUGUAGUAUAGUAUUCACACCAGGGUGGGUUUUAAUGAAAUAAUAAUUGCAAUCACUAGUCAAACUUGAUUUUAAAUCCUGAUUUCUCUGUGUAAGCACUCAUUUUUGUUUGUUUUAAAUAUUUGCAGUCAGUUGAAAAUUUCAUAUUAAGAAUAACUUUUCAUAUUUGUUUGCUGUUACAUCUGAUCUGAUUUAUGUUACAUAGAUAACGAUUAAAUAUGAAGGUGAACUAUCUAUAGAUUAAUAGGUUAUUAACUCCUAUUCGGGGAAUAACUUGUUCUGUUUAGCUAAAACAAUACAUUUUAUACAGCAUACAUAUUUUUUAAUUUGCUGAAUCCUCAGUCUUUAACUGAAGUGGUUAUAUUUGUUGGGUAGAUUAGGAAAGAAAGCAAAAAUUAAAUACUUUAAAACUGUCUAAGUCUAAAUAUGUAUUUGCGUUUCCUGCUAGGAAGAAGAAAGAAAACGGCAAGAGGAUAUAGAACGCCAAAGGCGGGAGAAGAGAUAUGUUUUACCAGAUGAACCAGCAAUCAUCGUACACCCAAACUGGUUGGCCAAGAAUGGAAAAUUUGACUGUAGUAUCAUGUCUCUUAGUGUCCUUUUAGAUUAUCGAAUAGAAGACAAUAAGGAGCACUCAUUUGAAGUAAGUUGUGAUUCAUUCUUGGCAGUGUCACCCGUAAAAAUACCUUAUUUUUAUUUAAUGUUUGCUAAUAUCCCGAUCACUUGUAAUUUCAGGUGUCUUUAUUUGCGGAGCUUUUCAAUGAAAUGCUUCAAAGAGACUUUGGGGUGCGAAUAUAUAAGGAAUUUAUAACUCUCCCAGAGAAAGAUGAAAAGAAAGAGAAGGAGAAGAAAAUGAAAAAGGAAGAGAAGAGAGAUAAGAAAGAAGAUAAGGAUGAGGAUGAUGAUCCGAAACCCAAAAGGAGAAAAUCUACAGAGGACAAGAUCAAGCUGGAUGAGCGAGAUGAAAAAAAGGUCUCUAGUGUAUAUGUGCUAUAUAACUUUACAUAUAUUUGUAGAAGUGUAAUCAUAAAUUGUAAGCACAGGUUCAGUGAUGAUGCUUUCGGGAGAGGUGCACAACCUUUUAAGAGAAGGGAUCAGAUGACUGACUGAAGUUUUUACCAGGGACCAGUGCCAUAUGAUGUCAGAAAAGUGAUAUUUCUGAAAUCCAAAUUUAUUUAUUUUUCUACCGUAACCUGCGGUCUGUGUGUCUCCCUUAAACAAUCCCCUCCACAUGUUUGUCUCUUCUAAAACUCCCUUCUGUGUGUGUCUCUCACAUUCCCCAUUUCCCUUUGCAGACCCCCUCCUAUGUUUUUUGCCCUGCAGCAGCCCUUCUCUGAAGAUAAACGUACAUUGACAUGUGCUGUGCCAGCCAUUGAGAGGCAGGUUAUGAUCUAUCCAUUUUGGAUUCUGAUUUUUGGUUAAACUUGGCAGCUCAGCUCAAGCUUCAUAAGGUUUAAUGUUUUCUGCAAUCAUGUCCUCCUGUGUUCAGUUGCCCCAGCAAGGAAAGUUCUUUCUUGUUAAUGUGUAAAUUAAAAAAUUAGACAUUUUAAAUUUACAGUUAUGAAACCAAACAUUAAUUUGCAUUUAUCUUCUAUAAUCUUAUGCAGACCUGAUGCAGCUUUUGCAAUAUAUCUUUCUGUUGAAAUAACCCAUUACAUUACACUGCAGAGAGAGGAUCGUAGAAAAGAGGAUUCCCGUGAUGAGGAAGAAAUGGAAGAUGAGAACCAAGAGGAUUAUGAACCCAUUGGAGCUGAAGAAGAUGAUGGUGAUUUUGAUGGUCAGUUUAGUACCAUAAAUUAACACUCUUAAGUACCAUAACCACUACAGCAUAGACAGUGUGCUGACUUCAGUGAGAGUGGCACAUGAAAUAUAUAUAAUUGUGUAAUUCUUGUAGAGACAUAUAGUCACACACACAGACACCACAGAUCCACUCUUCACCUCUCUUCUCCCCAUCUCUCUUUACCAUCUCCUUUUUAAAUCCAUUUUCUCUUCCUGUUUCUAUUCUCACUUUUAUUAAGUAUUGUGCUCACCUUAGUUCUGUUCCUCUCCAUAUAUGUGGUGAGUUCAGAAUACCUCUUGUGUCAUUGGACUUUGCUCAUAAGAAAAGCAGCCGUGCUAUUUAAAUAACAGACUUCUCUAUGAUAUUUUCCAAAUAUAGAUGCACAAUAAUAUUUUUCUAGUACAUGUAGGGUUAUUCACUAAACAAGAAAUUAUAGGUAAGUGACCAGAAAAUUGCAAAUCUUAGGGCAAGGUGGAGAUUUUAUUUUUUUCCAAUUUGGAUUUUCUUAGCCUUUGUGUAAAAUGCCCAACCAUUCUCGUUUUGGUAAAAAAAAAAAAAAAAACUUCCAUAGUAAUGUAUAUUAUGUCUGUAGACCGAGAGGAUGACGACGACGAUUCAAGCUGCAAAGAUAAACGUGAAGACAAGAAAGAAAGUAAAAGGUGCCACAAGGAAUGGCUGCACAAGGAGAAGGUAUGGUUGAGAUCGGAUUUGUCAUUGUGUUUUAUAAACUUUUUUUAACAUUUGAUUAUUCUUGAACAAGUGAGUCUUGUAUAAAUAGAAGUGCUGUUGCAAUUUAACCCUUUCUGAAUGUUGACAGGACACCUUGUUUUCUGGUGAGCCACUGUAGGCUCAUACUAGCCUGAUUGUUGCACAAUAGUGCUUUGUGAAAAAAUAAAUUCUGUAAAAUGAGGACAGUCUGUUUACAUUCAUGCAGAGCAUUCCUGGUAAUUGAUCUUUGACAUAUACAGUAGAAUGCUCUCUGAAUAUACAGUACUACAAAAUCGUAAUUUUUUUGUGUGUCUGUUUAUGUGGGACUGUGUAUAUCACACACUACCAGACAGACACAUUUGGACAUACGCAAGUACGCAUUCCAGAUACCUAGGCACCCUGCCCUAACACACAUAUUGCUACAUAUAUGCACACACAUUCACAGUAAAACUAUUUUUGCCCCCAUCUUUUGUUUGUUUUAGCAGCAGGAGUGUGGCUUUCCUGGGGACAGGGCUGGCCAUUGUCAGAUCACUGAUUUUGUCCCACGCUCUAGCAUCCUUUCUCCCAGCGCUGCCCAUCACUGUGCAUCACCAUAUCCGCUAGUGCUGACCACAUGGUAGGCACUAGCGGAAAUUAAAAGCAACAUCCUUCCCCCCUCCAAUUCGUCCCUGUGGGAUCCCGGUCAGGCUUGUUAAUGAUCAGAUCAGCUGAUGUAGCCAGCAUGUUUGGGUUUGUCUGUCUACACGCUGUGCAAAGGUACCUAGUGUGCCAUAGGUUACCACCCCUGCCCUAGAUAUAUGGGCAAUAUCUCAGUCCCCUAUGGUAAUUUCAACUAACCAUGAACAAUCUAACAGCCAACUACUGCUGCAAAUUAGAUUGUUUUACAUGUUUGUAUUGAUUAACCUGAUGAGCUGCAAGGUGACAUGGAAUGGGAAACAUUGUGUAUCUACAAAAAACAAAUGUUUUGCAUUGUUCAGACUCCAUAAUUAAUUUCAGAGUUUUGUUUCUCGUUUUUGUUUUUUUUAUGCCCAGUGAUUUUCUAUGGUUUUAAUCUAGGCUGAGAACUGAUGCUGUAAAAAAAAAAUCCUGGGCAACGUAUUCUGCAAUCGGUCAUAUCUGCACAGAGCUGUGUAUAUGAGCAGGCAUUAUAUCUAGACCAGUCUGUUCAUUCCAUCUGCUCAUUAUUUAUUUGAGCUGUCUGUCUCGCUAUCUGUGUCAUGUAUGAGGCUGGUCAUUUUCUUUCAAUUAAUGGUGAUAUGUUAUUGUAUGCCUUUACACCAGUAACUAUAGAAUUAAAUUAAUAUUAUCGUUGACAAACUAAUUUUCAUAAUGUUGCCAAUAUUUUAGGAGAAAGACAAGAAACAGAUGGUAACCGUUAACCGAGAUCUUUUGAUGGCUUUUGUCUAUUUUGACCAAAGUCACUGUGGCUACCUACUGGAGAAGGACUUGGAAGAGAUCAUGUACACUCUUGGACUACAUCUUUCUCGUGCUCAGGUAUUCUGUCAUGUAAAUGUAAAGGAUAAAUCUGGCUUUAUUUUCAUUCAUUAUUUAUACAAAUUACUUUUUGUGUUCUAAAUACAAAAAGCAAUAAGUUAAAAGAAUUAUUUUGUUCAGUUUUACCCUAUGACAAUUUAUUUCCACCAAUAAACUGUUAUCUCGUGCAAUGACCCAAAUGCAUAUAUUUCUAAAGUUUUUCAGAUUGUUCCAGACACAUUUCUCAUUUGACGUGUUUUGGCACCCCACCAAUUUAAAUCCGAUUCACAAUAGACUAUAGAUUUAAAGUAAAAACACCCCAGUGUGUUUCUUUAGAUUAUGUUGUGCAUUUUUUUAAGAUCUAACCUACACUUAGAACCUAGAUCUUAUUCUAUAUUAGCCAAUGAGCUAGCCCUGCAUGAUGCUCAGACUUCAGCUUAGGAGAACUAACUUAACCUCCUGCUAGGUUCCAUCUGCCUGACGUCCAUAGUGAAGGCAGGGAACAGUGCCCAGCUAAACACCGUUAAGUCAAACCAUUCUAAAUCGGUUUGACUCCGGACAGUGGUGGCCACCAGGGUAUUAGAGGAAAUUAAAAAAAAAUCUAUUGCCUCCUUUGUUACACGGAAAGAUUGAGAUAUAAACUACAGUUCUGCUGGUGGUGAGUACUCAUGCAAUGCACACUUUGUAAUCCAAGGGUUCACUUUGAGAGUGCAACAAGUGUGUUGCUGAUGUGUGCAGUGCAUAAAUCUGUCUUUGAACAAUGCAGAUGGGUGAGUUGCAAAAACAUCAGCAAUGUACAUGGAUUAAGUUCUAUAUUUGUCUAAGAGAUAGAUGCAUAACUAUAUCUAGAUCUAUAUCUAGAUUGAUAUCUAUAUCAUUGUCUGUAAAUAAUAUUUAUUUCUCUACCUGACUCAGACCUGAUCAUUGCCAAAUUUGUGCACGUCCAAAGUAAAAUUAUUUUUGUUUGCAUUUUGAUUAAAUGGCAAGUAUGAUGUUUAUAUCUCUUAGCUGCAGUUACGUUCGUUCCACCUCUAUUGCCAUAUUACCUUUUAUUUUCUGUAUUUAAAAUAAUUUGGAAUUUUUAAUUCUGAAUUGCUUUUUGGUUGUUUGUUUUUAAAGGUGAAAAAACUGUUCAAUAGAAUGUUGCUGAAAGAAUCUUGCUUUUACCGCAAACUUACGGACACUUGUGCGGAGGAUGGAAGCCAUGAAGAGUUGGAACCAAUGCAUGACGAUGUUCUAGGUAAUUAGGCCUUCCCUAAAGCUGAGUCUUUUUAUACAACUUAUAGUAACUGCAUGUUAACGUAAAUAGGCCAAAAUAUAUUUUUGGUUGUUUGGCUUGUUCUCUCCAUGUUCCUCUGACCUAUUAGAAUAAGUUGUGUUAUAGCUGUAUGAAGGGCAGAACAAAAUAUUUUGACUACUUCUGUGGCAAUGCAGUCUUGUUUUCUUCUAUCAAAACAAACCUACCUGACCUUCACUGACCUUUUAACCAGUUUCUUGUCAAUGUUUAAUUUUCAUUUUUGAAACACUUCACAUGUAAUCUUUAGUAUGUGAAAGCAUGUCCUUCACAUUUGUCAGUUUAGGCAGGAAGACCACCUAAAGAUGGGGAAGUCAGGUUCCACAUGAAGGACAUUGAAAUCUCAUGUCUUGAUGGCUCUUGGGGCAAUUACAUUGUUUAUUUUUAAUUCUCCUGUCAUCAUUUAUCUCACAUGGAGCAUCAACUGCACAAUUUUGUCACUGCUCAUUCUACUUCUCAAGACGUGUCAAUAUAGUAGCUGCCUAUUCCUGCAAAGCUAAAACAUUGCUGAACAGAACUAACUUUGGCAGCAUGGAGAACGCUGAUAUCAUUCUCUUAGUCCACUAGAGAUAAUACAAGUUGUCUUACCCUUGCCAAGUCACUGCUGGUGUGUGUAAAGCAAUUCCAAGUAAGCAUAGUUAGGGAAGAUUCCUAUUAGAUGUGGUUUCACAAUAACAAUGACUUUUUUGCUCUCCUUUACCAGCAAACCAAUUUUUGAUUCUACUUGUUCGUUCCACCUGUAGGAGUGUUAAUCUGCUCUGUCUGCGACACAUUUUCUUAAAAAUUCCACCGUUUAUAUGCAUUCUACUGCUCCCCGUUAACAGAUGGUUUCAGUUUUGUACAAGAAACUUCUGGCCAGUACACAAAAUAAUUUCUAUGUAUCGCUCUGGAAAGAUUAAAAAAAUUGCAAAGACAUUUGGUGAGAGAUCUAGCCCCAAAUGUUACACAUAUAGAAAAGUGGCCUGCUGAAAAUUAAAUGCCAAGUAUCUGUUUCACUAUUCCAUUUUAAAAUCUGUUUUGUUUCAGGUAACUGUUUGUUUCUGCCAUCCAAAGCUAUGAAAUCUGGAAUGGCACAGGUAGAAGAUAAAGGAGGCCUUAUUGUAUAUAAUGGUGCCAUGGUUGACAUUGGAAGUCUUCUACAAAAACUAGAAAAAAGUGAAAAAGCCAGAACUGAGCUAGAACAGAGACUUCAGUCCCUGGAAUCUAAAACAGGUAUGGUACAUCCCAAUGCCAUUUCAUUCAUUAAAGGGACACUCCAAGCACACUCUUACAGCUUAUUACUAGUUUUGGUGUAGUUUCUCCAUUCUUUCACUGAACCAUUUUCAAGAAGCAUGACAAAGCAUUAAGAGUUUUCCAACACCCUAAGCACGCCCCUCCGUGUAAUUUCAUUCACCGCCAUAUCUGUAUGCAGAAAGUGGGAAACUUACAGAUGAAAAUCACUGUUUAAUGUAUUAAUGUAUCUCCGCCACCAAAGCGAUACAGGUGACUUUAUCAAAGGGAUUAACGGCUAUUACUACUUAGCUUAAACCCACAUAUAAUUGGGUUAAAUGUCCUUAUGACUCAAGCUGAAAGGUGGACUUUUGUUGCUGUGGAAUAACCACCCCAAAUUUAAUUUAUUUAUUUUUUAAUUUAAACUGUACUUCCCAUGAUGCUUAUCAAACCUUUAGACCACUAUUAGCCAUUAUUCUGCUAGAAGGACACUCCACUGUCCAAAUAAGAAUAAUAAAUAAAUAUAUAUAAAACUCGCUGUUAAGUAAAUCUAGAUCUCUUGUCUGCUGCCUUUGCUAGGUUUAAAGUGUGCUCCGCACUCGCUGCACAUGCACAUUCCGGGGGACGGGUAAAUAUUUGAAGGGCGAGAGGGACACUAUUGUGUUAUGAAUAGAGCGUUGUAUUCUUAACACUAUAGCGUUCCUUAAACUAGAAGAAAAACAAAGCAAAAAAUGUUUGCCAUCGUUUGCAUUAAAACUGAUUGCAAGUACUGUUGUAUUAGAUGAAUGUAUUCAGAUAUAUCCUUUGCACAUUUUUUUUAUUUAUGGAAUUUAUUUUUAUUUUAUUUAAAUUUUCUAUUUGACUUGUCACAGAGGAAGAUGAAAAGACAAUUUCUCAACUAGAAGUUUCUAAUAAAAAUUUGUCUGGGGAGUUGAAAGAGGCCAAAAACAGUGCACUUAAUUUACAAGCGUGUUUGAAAACAGCAGAAGAUACAAAGUCACAAUAUGAAGACCAGCUAAAUAAAACCAUAAAGAACCUCUCUACAGCCAUGGAAGAAAUCCAGGGAGUUUUAAAUAGGGUGAGUGAUUACAUUUUCCUUAAUCCUAAACCUCUAAGGAAAAGUUAUUGAAUUUAAGGGUUAGAAAUAGGUGAGUGUCUAUGUGAUGGCUCUUCAGCAUGGUUUGAUCAACCAGUGUUCAUGUAGGAGCAUCUGUAAAUGUCAAGGAAGAAAUGCUUUUUGCAAAUGAUUUUUAAAAAAGUUUUUUAUAUAUUUUAUUUUUCACGUGCAAAUGGUAACAAGCAUGUUUGAAAUGCCACAAUAGCUGUAUCAAGCGUAUUACUAUCAUUCAACUUGGGUCAACAAUAUGGCAUCUUGUAUAUACUGCACAUUUUAUAUUUAAGUAACGUUGGCACUGAGGAUAUUCAACUAGUGGUGGCACAUGUUGUGUUGUGUUCAAGCGUGGGUCUUGUAGUGGGUAGUGAGUUGGCUGGACAGUGAUAAUUGCAUGCCUCUAGUGUGGGUCAUAUCUAAGUGUCCAUGGUAAAUGAGGCAUUCCAUGUGUUUGUUGUGCGAGAUCUUCUUGUGGGCAUUGUGCGUGGGAUGCAACUAUGAAUGGGGUUGGGUGGCUUGUGGACUGCUAUGUGAGGUAACCCGGGGGGAGGGUGGGUAGUAGAAAGAGAGAGAACGGGCUCUUAAUGGUCUUAACCCUGUCUGGUGGCUGAGUGGUUGUGAAUAUUGCUGGUUCAACGGGGCUGGUUGGUGCGUGUUCCCCUCGGGCGUGUGUGACUAAGUGUGCCCCCUGUAUUGGUCCCUGUGAGGACCAUUAUAGCGUGUUUAGUGGAAAAUAAAAUCAUAUAACCAAAAGCUAGGAAGUUAGGCAACUUGAGCAUGUGUGGCUGUUAUGCGCCUAGAGUUCUCUUACAUAAGCCCUAGGGGCUAGUCCGUGGGUCAGUAGGACCAUGUAGAGUCAAGCGUGGCUUCAAUUGCUGUCGCAGACCCUUCGGGCAGUGGUUGCAGUGCUUCUCCGUUAGAUGUGUGAGAAGAUAUAUCCCCAGUUAACUAGGGUUGCAAACCUUUAGGGAAGUGUCCAGCACAUUGGACGAGAUUGUCCUGGUACGGGUUUGUGGUAGCAUCUGCGUAUGCGGUCUUACCCAUUCCCCGUGGGAUGAAGGGGACGGUCUUCACUGGGUCCCAUUGUGGUGCGGCCGUUGUCGUUUUUGGUGCAGUGAUGGGUGGCAGCCCCUCCAGUAGCGGGCCCAGUAGGGCUGUUGCUUCUUGGAUGUCCGAGAUGGAGUAGACCUGGUUGGCAUGCUGUAUUUGCAGUUUGCGCGGUGCGCGCCAGCGGUAGCUUAACUGCUGAUCUUGGAGCAGUGUGGUAAAAGGUUGUAAGGACCUGCGCCACUGCAGUGUCUCUCCUGACACAUCUGCAAAGAAGGAUAGGCUCAUAGAUUCAAAGCUGUAGGUGGCGGACCCUUUCAGGGCUGCUGGAGCACCGUCUUCUCGGUCGAGCUUUUGAACUUCACCACCAGGUCUCGGGGGGGGGCUGCCUCCGGGGCUCUCCAGGGUUUCGGGAUUCAGAAGGCUGUCUCCAAGCUGAUGUUCCUGGCUUGUUUAGGUGUUGGUAGAGCUCCUGUGAGCCGCCUUACGAGAUGUGGGAGUUCCUCUUCCGGGAUUCUGCGGAUCUUUAAGUUAUUGCAGCGCCUGGCGUCUUCCAUAGCUGCAAAGUGUGGUUCAUUCUUGGCUUGCUGUUGUUGAAGAGCCUGUAUUUCUUGUUUUUAGCUCUGCGAUGUCUUGUGUGUGUGCCGCGUGGUAUUUGCUUUGACCACGUCGAUGCGGCUCACUAGGCCCGUGAGGUCUGAGCGUAGUUGUGCUACAUCUGCCUGCAGGGUUUUCUGUAGGUUGCCCAGUAAGGUCUUCAGCAGCAUCGCCGUUACCAGUUCCGUGACCGCUGGGCUCUGUGCCGGUUGUUGGGGUCUCGCUGGAGGCAGGCUGCCAGUGGCCUCAUCUGGGUUGAAGUCCCCCGAGGAGUCAGAAAAGUCCUCGUGGUCAGCGGCCAUCUUGGGGCCAUAUACCCCUUGCGCCUGGUGGAAUAAAUCCCGUAUGCUGGCCCUCUGCUUGGGUCGGUCCGAUUUUUGCCAUUUCGUCUUCCUCCCAAUUGCAGGUCAGGGUCGUCUUGGCAUUUUUAUUAGCAGUUGGGUAUCCGAAAAAUGUUAGUUUAUGCUGGGUAUCUACAGAGCCCAUCUAUCCUGCGUCUGCUUGGCUCGGCUGUCUUUGCAAAUUUGGAAGAAAGGCAUUUUGACUGGAACGCUGGUGGGUUCUGUUCAUAUUUUUGGUAUCUGGAUCUUUCACCUUGUACCUUGUAUGUAAAUCUUAUUUAGGCGUGUAAAUACCGUUUUUUAUAAACAUGUUUGUUUUUUGUUUGCCAAUAUGAAUUUAAUUAUUUUAUGAAUCUAUGGAUUGUUGUUGAACUGGAUUUUCUAAUAUAGAUUUUUUUUUUUUUUUUAAAUGUGUUUUACUGUAUGAUGUUUAUUUUUAGAGUAUCGAUUGAUUUAAACUUUGGAUGAAGAUCUCUGCAGCCCAGUCUUUAAUACAGUUUGUUACACUCCAGUUUAAACAUAUCUUCUUAUACUAGAGAUGGGUGGCUGUAAUAGUUUGAGAGAUCAGCUGAUGCCAUCACUGAUUGGGCUAAUGGGGAAAUAUUAGAGUGAUAAGCAGAGAGGGGUGAGGCUGCAGGCCCCAUAGAUGUUCUCUCAAACACAAUCCAUUAGUAUACCAUUUUUACUAUUGAAUCGAGAGCUGCCGCCAGGGCAAUCUAGGCACCAUACCUACAUCAGUGUAGUUGAAUUGAUCAUGGUGUUUAGACUGUAGAGUGUCCCUUUAAGCAAAAGUUAAACAUGCUUUGAGAUUCCCACGAUUCCAGUUUUAUUUACUAUUGUAGGAGUAUUUUGCAAUAAAAAAAAGAAAUUGUUCGGGAGCUUGCCGCAUGCUGUCAGGCAAAAUUCCAUGCUCAUGGACUUAUUUCACUCCUGUAUAGCUUACAACCAGAAUAAGAAGCCUACUAACUUUUAUUGCAUUUUCACCAUAAUAGCAAGUGCCAGUUGGUUAAGUACAAACAAGAGAAAUCCAAAGACUAUCCUAUUUCUAUUAGGUAUUCAAAAAAAGUGAUUCUCAAGAAGACAAAUAGUAGAGGCAUCCAUAGCCAAAAGAAGCCAAAUAGAUUAUGGGCGUUUUUCAAAAUAUGCCUCUUAAAAAGGUAGCUUGUGCAGCUUUUUAUGAAAUUUCCCACUGUACUUUUGUUUUUUGUUUUCCCCCUCUACUUGUGCUGUUUCACGCUCGCUGUAAACACAAGACCUCUUCUUAAAGUAAAUGGCAUUAUUUAAAUUUCAGGCUCAGCAGUGCUUAAGAGUACCGUAAACAUCAGUAAUUUAUAGUACUACAGCCACCCUUUCUUCUGUAAUUGUUUAUACUAACUUGUCAUGCUUUUAGUGCAGGUCAUUAUUUCAAAAUGAAUUUUCCCCUGAUACAUAUAUCUAUGCGAUUUCUGGAUCUGCCCUGGGGAUAGCAAAUUUCACAGAUAAAUUAUUGUCCUCCCAUCCAAGGUCACAUUCCUAAUGGAACAAGGAAUGAUUGCAGCCAGAGAUGGUCCAAUUUCAGCAAGCCACGUACCUCACUUAUUAAAAGUAAUUUUUUUUUUCUUUUUUUCUUUUGUGUUUUAAACUCUAGAAACUUUAGCUUGAAAUGGAGUUUAUUUCACGUGUUAAUGAUCAGUAACAGAGUCUGGGUGCCUGUUUGUGUAAAAUGUAAACGGCAAAUGUUUUGAGGAGUGUGUGUUUUUGCUCAGCAUAUACCCUGUAGCACAGUGUACUCGACUGCAGUUAGGCAUAAAUUAUUAAUGACAGUGUAAACUGCUGAGCCAUUACAAAACACUUUAGAGUAGUAUAGCAACCAUUUGUAUUCUUUAUUGAUUUCUGUAGAGUUUCUUUGUAGUUGUCUGUAGCACAUUACAGAUGCUGUUCACAGUUCACCUGGUUGUUGUUUUUUAAACACCUCUUAAUUAUUAUUAUAAUUUUUUUUAAUUUAUAAAGCGCCAGUUUAUUCCGCAGCGCUUUACAAUAAGAGGGGAAUUUACCAUUACAAAAUGUAACAGGAACAAUAGGUAGUUGAGGACCCUGCUCAAACGAGCUUACAAUUUAGAGAAGGUGGGGUAUAAAAACACAAUAGCAAGGGUAUUGAGGGAGAUGGCAAAUAGACAUGGUGGGAAGUUAGCAGAACUGAGGUGAGAGUGGAGUGUUGCCCUAUAGGAGAGAGCGAGAGGAAGGUUUGAGAGAUAGAAGUUACUUUUGGAGGCCAUAAGUAAUCCUGAAAAUGUGUUUUUGAGGGGCUUCUUAAAGGAUUGAAGACUAGGGGAGAGUCUGACAGAGGUAGGCAGGCUAUUCCAAAGGAAAGGAGCAGCCCAUGAGAAGUUUUGCAGGCAAGAAUUUGCAGUAAGGGUGCGAGCAGCAGACAGGAGAAGGUCACCAGUAGAGCGGAGAGACUGAGAGGGGGCAUACCCAAGAAUCAGUGAAGAAAUGUAAGAGGGGCUAGAGUUGGUUAGGGCUUUAUAGGUGUUAGUAUUUUAAAUUGACAUCUGUUGGGUACAGGAAGCCAGUGUAAGGAUUGACAAAGGCAGCAGAGAGGUCAAGAAGAAUUAGUAUGGAGUAGUGGCCUUUGGAUUUAGGUCAUUAGUAACUUUAAUAAGAGCAGUCUCAGUAGAGUGGAGGGGGAGAAAGGCAGAUUGAAGUGGGUCAAGAAGAGAAUUGGAAUUGAGGAGAGGAAUAUGAGUAAAAACAUAUCUUGCUAGAAGUUUUAAAGAAAGACUUAGGGAUAUGGAACGAUAGUUGGAAGGGGAAGACUGGUCUAGGUAUGGAUUUGUUUAGGAUGGAUACAACAUUAGCAUGCUUAAAUGGAGCAGGGACAACACCAGAUGAAAGAGAGCAGUUUUGGAUGUGCGUUAAGGAUGGUACAAGACCAGGGGAGAGAAAUCUGAUAAGGUGCGAAGCCACCUCCUGUUCUGUAGCUGGGGAGAAGGCCUGUAGGGUAGGGAAGGUACGGUCGAUGUGUGGUUGCCAAAGGGGUGGGAGAAUUCUUUCCUUAACUGUUCAAUCUUGUCGGUAAAGUAGCAUGCAAGGCUAUCUGCCGAAAGGUCAGUUUGAAGGAUGGCUUGAGGUGGGCAAAGGAGAGAAUUGAAGGUAUUAAAGAGACGCCUGGGAUUGCGUGAGCAUGAACUAACACGAGAUGAAAAGUAAGAUUGUAUAGCAAGGGUGAGGGUUGUGCUAUAUGAAGACAAAAUUAAUUUAUAAUGAUAGAAGUCUGACAAGGUGUGGGCCUUCCUCCAGCAGCAUUCUGCUGAACGGGAGCAUCUCUGCAGGUAGCGUGUUGAUUUGGUGUGCCACGGUUGGAGGCGCGCCCUUGGAGCGGGGCUGCAAUGUCUAGGGCAGAGGUGAGGGUAGCAUUAUAUAAGGAGAUAGCCAAAGAGGGACAGGAGAGGGUAGUGAUGGAUGAGAGUUCAGAAUGGAUUACAGUUGAUAGCUGCUGGAGAUCAAGAUAAUUUAAAUUCCUCUUGAGUUGAGGGAGAUUAGGUUGAGGAUAUUGGGUGUGGGGACACUCAAGAACAAAUGAUAGGAGGUGGUGGUGUGAUAGAGGAAAUAGAGUAUUACAGUGAUUGGAGACUGAGCAUGCAUUUGAAAAUAAGAUCUAGAGCAGGGGUGGGCAACCUGCGUCUCUCCAGAUGUUUUGGACUACAUCUCCCUUGAUGCUUUGGUAGCAUUAUGGCCCUAAGAGCAUUAUGGGAGAUGUAGUAAAAAAAACAUCUGGAGGGCUGCAGAUUGCCCACCUCUGAUCUAGAGUAUUGCCAGCUACAUGUGUGGGAGAAUUGGCCCAUUGCGAUAGGCCAAAGGAGGAGGUGAUUGAAAUAAGUUUUGAGGCUACCGAUGACAAGGGUGGGUUUAUGGGAAUGUUGAAAUUCUCAAGAAUUAGGGAUGGCAUAUUGCUUGUAAGGAAGCCAGGCACCAAAAUGGUCAGGGAAGAGACAAAGAAAACCGGGGGGCCGAUAAAUAACUGCAAUGUUUGCAGAUAUGGGUUUGAAUAAGCGAAUUCAGUGAAUUUCAAAGGAGGAGAAGGGAAGGGGAUGGGGGGUGGUUAGAGGCUUAAAGGAGCAGUGGGGUGAAAGCAGAAACCCUAGAUCACCACCUUUACUGUCAGACUGUCUUGGUUGUGUGUAAACUGAAGACCACCGUAGUAUAUUGAGGCAAGGUUAGCCAUGUCAGAAGGAGAGAGCCAUUUAUCAGUUAAAGCGGGUACGUUAAGGGAGCGUGAGAUGAUGAAGUCAUGGAUGGAAGUAGAUUUAGUUAUGUUGGACAGAGAGCGUGCAUUCCAGAGGGCAUAGUGGAAGGAGGGUUUCAAGGGAGAGUUACAUGGGAUGGAUAUAAAAUUGGAGAGGUUUCUAGGGAGGACACAAGGUAGGUAGGUAGAGGCGGGACCAAGGUUUGGAGAGACAUCGCCAGCUGCCAGGAUCAGAAGCAUAGAAAGUAAGAGAAUGUGGGAGUAGGAUUUAAAUGUUAUGGUAAUUAUAUUAUGGUUAUAUAUUAUAAAUUAUUUAAAUUGAUGGUUUAAUUCCUUUCUCUUAUCUCUAAUUGUUUUUGUUUUUUCCCCUUUCUUGAUUAUUUCCCCCAUUUUAAGUGCCAUACUACUUGUUGCUAAAAUAAGUCCCCAUUCUCGUGAUUAGUAAACCUACUUUGCACUAUAUCCAGUAAUGGAUCAGAAAGAGUGUGUCUGUCGGCUUACAGGGACACUAUAGUCACCAAAACUGCUUUAUUAAGCUAAUGUCCAUGCAGUGUCACUGCUCAAUUCUCUCCCAUUUAGGAUUUAAAGGACCACUAUAGGCACCCAGACCACUUAAGCUUAAUGAAGUGGUCUGGGUGCCAGGUCCAUCUAGGUUUAACCUUGCCUGCUGUAAACAUAGCAGUUUCAGAGAAACUGCUAUGUCUACUCUAGGGUUAAUCUAGCCUCUAGUGGCUGUCUCAUUGACAGCCGCUAAAGAUGCUUCCGCGCUUCUCACUGUGAAAAUCCAUAGGAAAGCAUUGAGAAUGGACUGACUGAAUGCGCGGCUCUUGGGAACCCGGCGCUGGACAAAGGUAAGCCUUUAACCCCCUUCCUCCCCCUAGAGGCCGGCGGGUGGGGGGGACCUAUUAAUACUAUAGUGCCAGGAAAAUGAGUUUGUUUUCCUGGCACUAUAGUGGUCCUUUAAAUCACUAUUGUUUCUGUUUAUGCAGCCCUAGCCACUACUCCCCUGGCUGUGACUCACACAGCCUACAUUAAAAAAAAAUUCAAAAAAAAAUAAAUUCAAUCAGAUGGGAGAUUCCUUUAGAAGUUUAUAUCUCCUGCUCUGUAAAUGUAACUUUAAUUACAUACAAUAAGAUCCUGCAAGGUCUAGAAUGCUAUUAACAGAGCAUGACAUAAGACAAUCUACAUUAAAUAGAAUGUGUAAUAAAGGAAGAUUAAAAAUUAGAUGACUCUUUACAAGAAGUGCUUAGGAAUUCAGUUUGUCACAUUCAGGUAGGUGUGGCUUGGGCUGUAUAAACAAAGUGACUUAACUCAUAAAAGGCAGAGAAUUGAGCUGCAAGACUGCAGGAGCAUGCCCUAUACACUCUUGUUUUGGUGACUAUAGUGUCCCUUUAAUGGAUGGCAAGCAUUUUUGUUCAAAAUUGAAUAGAAAAAUAUGAUAAAGAAAUAAGGAUUGCAGAAGUAAAGAAAUUAGCGGACUUGCUUGUAUGCUGCUGCUUCUACUACAAUAGUAGUUCUUUAAAGAUUAUUGUAGAUGGCAAUGUACCUUUAGCAAACCUUAUCACUGAUCUUUAUCUGUGGAUACAGAGAUUUCACCUGACAUUGAAGAAACCCAAUUGUUAUGAUUCAGAGGAAAUAAUUAUACAUUUUCAUAUUAAACAUUGUUUAAAGUGUUAUCGUGUACGUUCUUAUGUUUUUUUUUUUUUUAUUCUGUGUAAAUAGCAUCUUGCAAUGGGCUGUUUACAUUUGUUAGAAAUAUUUAAUUACCUACCUGUUGUCUCCAACAGGUAGAGAGGACCAUGGUAGACUUCUAACCUAAGAUUUAUCCCUUCCACACACCAGUUUCACUAAUAAACAUUACAUGUGGCCAUUAGUGAUGUGGACACUACUUGUAGCUGAACCAGGAUUUGAAAAUCCAUUUAUAUUUGCGGGUUGAUCUAAGUGGUGUCUUCCAAGUCCAAAAAUGAGGCUAAAUAUGAACUUAGAAAUACAUCUUUUAUAAUUUUACAAGCCAAUUACAUAUGUAUAGCAGUGUUAUAAGAUGCAGAAGUUACAGAGUGGAGUCUUGUGAGUCAAAAAAGCUCUAUGGAAUUUACACAAUUUAGACGAAAUUAAAAAUGUCUCCAACUCUUAAUGUAUAUCAAAAUAACCAGGUUAUCUAUAGAAACUGACCUCUCCUGCCUGCUGGGUGCACAGGCUAUCUUUAUAUUGUGGGAUGCAAAAAGAUUAACACAGAAAAUAACUUGGCAGCCAAGAACAUAAAAAAAAAUAUAUAUAUAUAUAUUUAUUCUUAUUCCACAGAACCCAACCACUUCUGAAGAGCAGAGUGCAAAAGAGAAUGGAUCCACUUGUUGAUAAAACGACUGACUUCCUGAUGGAGAAGUAACCUUGUUAAAUAAUGUAAUGCAAAUCACUAUGCCAGCAAGGUGGGAGGAGCAGUGUGGAAUUUUUAUUUUGGUUUUGUUUAAAAUAACAAAAAUUAUUUAAUAGGGAAGAUGUAUAAAGUUUUAUGGAUGCGUGAUUUAAUUUGUAGUGACUGCUUGUAAUUCAUAGCUCUAUGCAGAGUAAACAUUUUGCAAUGCAAAAUGGUUUAGAAUCAAUGUUAACAAAUCUGAACAUUUAUAUUGUAGUAAUAAUCUGCAUGUGUGUAGAUACCUUCAUAUAUGUACAUGUCUGAAAAAUAUAAUAUUUUGCCACCUGUUUAUUUUGUUUGUCUCUUAAGUUUGAAAAAGCAUGCAAUCCAUUUUAAGGGUGAAGUCCACCUUUUCACUUUUUUUGUUUAAUUGUUUCAUUAUUAUAAAGAAACAGUCGUGUAUAAUUUUGUAAUGUCUGUAGUUUCUAUAAUGAGUUUUCUACAGGUGCAAAACAGCUCCUUAAGAGAUUUAUUAAAGGGUUCUGAUCUAAAAAGUGAACUAAAAUUGGGGCAAACACUAUAGAAAAUUCAUGGAACCUGCCAGCACAUCGGAUUAUCAUCGCCCAACGUUUUAGAACAGAACACUUUAGUAAAUAUCUCCCCCCUUGUCUCCGUCCCUAUACUGGAAGAGCAAUGUGUUACAAUUCAUCUCAAUCUAUUUCCUUUUCUGUUUGAACAUCCUGUGGCUAGUUAAGACGGUAACUUAGAAUUUGUGCUCUUACAAAAGCAAGAUGCCCUUUUAAUUAACACCAAAAUGUAUAUGAAAAACCUGCCCGGAAUAACAUGCUGUCAGAUAUACAUGAAAUUGAAUCUACAAUAUGUUUCUUUAAAAAAAAGUUACAUAUAGAUGUGUAACUGAGCAUGUUCCCCCUGUAUGCCCAAACAAAAGCCCACCCAUUACAUUGAUAUCUAUAAUGUAAUAAAACCAUUGGUUCACUGAGAGGUUAAUGGAUUUAGAAAAAUUACGCAAAGUCUGUUAACAUAGGGAAGCAGGAUGGUCAUAUUUUAAAUGGGGAGGGGGGGGAAUUGACGUUUAAAAUAUUGAGAUGGACAUACCAAUAUACACUGGGGCAAACUGCUGUAUACACAAACUCAAGCGAGUUUACGACACAUUAUCCCUACUGUAAAGCCACAAGCCUUCAGACAAGUUAUACUUGUGUAGGUUAGCUGUUUGUUCAGUGUUUUUAUUAUUGUAAAUGUUUUGCCAGUAUGGGGAUGAUGAAAAGGGAGGGUUUGGGGGCACUAAUUCCCACUCCCAACAGUUAUUUACAAUUUAUUAAAGUUCUUUUUGUUUUGCUGCUGUUGUCUGAUGAUCAUCAAGAGGAAAACACUUUAAAAUAAAACCUGUAAAAUAACAUAUGAACCGGGGAAAAAAAUGCUAAAUUAAACAUUUUAUAAAGAGAUUGUAUUUUAUAAUUGGGGAGGUGAGCCUUCCCUUUCUUUCAAAAUGUGCUGUGUCUGUACCAAGCAAUAAACGUGCAAACAAAAGGUUUUACCAACUUAUCUCAUGCUAAUCAAAUCAGUCACACAUUUGUUUCCUUUCAUCAAAUCAACAGUAUUCACAAUGCACUGUGUAAAAAGGCCAGUAGACAUUAAGGCAAUACCAUGCUACAAUUGUAAUUUAAAUUUUCUUUCCUUAAAUUAAAAUGUAAAAAAAAAGUCCUUAUUUGUGUGUUUGAAUCACAUUCAUUUUACAGGUUCCUGGGUUUUCCUGCCCCCCUACUGAAAAUUUGUGAAGUCACUUACAGCUUGUGGCCAUUGUGUCUGAUAUCCAGGUCUCAAGUGAAAGAGCCAUGAACAUGGGUUCCAUGGCUGUUAAUGUUGCCAGCUGUAAAUCACAACAUCGUUAUUCG